CUGUGCGCUCUGUGCGGCGGGGUUUCUGUGGGCGGAGUCAGUGUGACCGUUACUGGCAGGGAGCACGCGGACUGUGGUGUCAGAUAGCAGGUAACGGGUUACAGCACGUGGCGACUGCAUUGCGUUACCAUGGAGACUGGCAUGGAAUGAUAAGUGCUGCCGUGCUGUAUGUAGCGUUCGAAUGCUGCAUACCGCAAAGGGGAGAUUGAGUGAGGAGGGCAGCGUGUCAAUGCUACAUACAGUAAGAAGAGACUGUCUGUGUGGGGUGCAGCGUAUCAAUGCUCCAUACAGUAAGGAGAGACUGUGUGGUGCAGCGUUUCAAUGCUACAUACAGUAAGGAGAGACUGUGUGUGGUGCAGCGUUUCAAUGCUACAUACAGUAAGGAGAGACUGUGUGUGGUGCAGCGUUUCAAUGCUACAUACAGUAAGAAUAGACUCUUAGUGGAGAAUGCAGCGUAUCAAUGCUACAUACAGUAAAGAGAGCACAUCUUAGUGUGGGGUGCAGCGUGUCAAUGCUACAUACAGUAAGGAGAGACUGUCUUAGUGUGGGGUGCAGCGUAUCAAUGCUACAUACAGUAAGGAGAGACCGUCUUAGUAUGGGGUGCAGCGUAUCAAUGCUACAUACAGUAAAGAGAGACCGUCUGAGUGUUGGGUUCAGCAUAUCAAUGCUACAUACAGUAAGGAUAGACCGUCUUAGUGUUGGGGUGCAGCAUGUCAAUGCUACAUACAUUAAGGAGAGACCGUGUUAGUGUGGGGUGCAGCGUUCAAUGCUACAUACGGUAAGGAGACUCUCUUAGUGAGGAGUGCAGGGUUUCAAUGCUACAUACAGUAAGGAGAGACCGUCGUAGUGUGGGGUGCAGCGUAUCAAUGCUACAUACAGUAAAGAGAGACCAUCUUAAUGUGGGGUGCAGGGUUUCAGUGCUACAUACAGUAAGAAGAGACUGCCUUAGUGAGAAGUGCAGCUUAUCAAUGCUACGUACAGUAAGGAAAGACUGUUGGUGAGGAGUGCAGCGUGUCUGUGCUACAUACAGUAAGGAGAGACUUUCUUAGUGAGGAGUGCAGGAUAUCAAUGCUACAUACAGUAAGGAGAGACUGAGGAAUGCAGCAUUCAAUGCUACAUACAGUAAGGAAAGACUAUUACUGAUGAGUGCAGCGUUUUAAUGCUAGAUACAGUAGGUGGAGUGCUCUAUGCUGCAGGGCGGAGACUAAGUGAGGAGCACUGCGCAUCAAUGAUAUAUACAGUAGGCAAGGGGAAAGCUGUCAGUCUUAGUGAUGAGUGCAGUGUAUCAAUGCUACAUACAUUUGCGGAGAGACUGUCUUCAUGAGAAAGGCAGCAUGUCAGUGCUAAAUACUGCAGAGCAGCACUUUUCAUGCCCUGGUUAUCAGUAUGGUGACAUUAUGUGGGUGUAGGAGAACAUUUGGCAUUGUGGCAAAUAUUCAUACCAGCAUAACAAUAUAUUCCAACUGAUAUAUUGGAUAACUUGCUGACUGCUAAUAAAGGGUUAAUAGGCAAAACUGUAUGGUUAGCAAAAUAAUUUCAUUUGUUUCCACCCAAGGCCAACAGAUAUUACUGCUCACCCUCCUGCAAGAUAAUGGCUUACAAAGGGUAUUAUAUUGUGAUAAAUGGUAGAUGGGGGGGUAACUUAACAUUUUUUUUGUUUGCAUUUGAUAAUUGGUAUAUAUGCAAAUUUCCAAACACACUGUCUCUCAGAAUCCAUUUGUACUGCUUCUCCCUCUAUUGCAAUAAAGACGUGAUUCUAGUACGUAAUGAUUUCACUACUCCAGCCUCUGACUGGUUAAUUGGAAAAGGCUUUUUCAGAGUGUGUUGGCUAUUUGGCUAACAGCACUGAAAGGGUUAAAGCCUGCCCUGAACUAUUACAUGAUAAGCAAUUGUUGGAGGUCAAACCAUUGGAUUAAGACAUGGUUAGUCACUAAUGUGACUAUUGUUUUGGGUUGACAUUUGCCAGGUCCCACCUGAUGCCUUCUCCUGCUUCUGGCCUUCCUGAGUCCUACAAUCCACUUCCAGACAGGAACUCCUUGGUUGGCUGUGAAUGUGCUCAGCUGACACGAUCGUCAGUGAAUAAUCACCUGCACUGUCCCCCAGCUUCCCCUGUUUGAAAUUAUUGGAAGAAGGGUAGGUGCUCAGCAGCACCCAGGUACGUUUUUGUUUUGUGUUUUUUUUAUAUGGCUAAAACUGUGUGAUCAAUUAUGCUAGGUUGGCACGUGGGCACUCUUGGUACCAUAACUAUGACCGUGAACUGCAGGGGUUAUGGUGCAUAGAGUGCUUCUUUAAUAACUAUAGGAAUUGUUGAGAAGUUACAGGCAUUGUACAGUUUUGGCAAAUGCAGUCAGUGUGAAAUAAUGGUUUAAUUUUUCUCUAACUGGGCGAUUUUAGGCGCGAUCUAGAUCUAAGCACAGCCGAUAUAGGGCCAAACUCAUUGGCUGAGAGCACUCACUCACACUCUCAGCCAGUGGCUCUGCUUAGCUCAGUAGAGAUAACUAGAUUAUUUUAAAAGAACAGACCGCUCAGCAGGCCCAGGUAAGUAGUUAUAGUGUACUAAAACAGCCUGAUGAAUUACACCUGGGAAUACUCCUGACCCUAUUGUUUAGUGGUUAUUGGCAAAGGGAGCAGGGGUCCCACACAUAAGAUAUCUGCAUUGUGUUUCAUCCUUAUUUUUAUUAUUCUGUCUAUUUUAAUGUUUAUUUUUUUUGUAAUAUAUCUACAGUUAUUUAUAUCAUGGCUUUUGAGUGUCACUAAUGAGACUAUACUUCUAGGGGACAAAUCAUGAAGCAUGACAGAAAUCUAUAGUGUGAUAGUGAUGACAGCACUUUACUGAUAACUAUGGUGGUGCACAUAGGAUUGGAGGUAAUCUGUGUGAGUUAGGCUUAAUCUAGUGUGACAUUAUGCAAUUUUAAAUUGACACUAUAGGCACCAAGACCACUUCAGCUCAUUGAAGUGUUCUGGGUGAAUAGUCCCAGGUCCCUUAAGCCUGAAAGGAUAAUUAUUGCAGGUUUUAAUAAACUGCAGUAAUUACCUGUCAGGGUUAACUCCACCUCUAGUGGCUGUGUACCAGACAGCCUCUAGAGGGACUUUCGGGUGUAACUGACACUGGAUGAUGUCACGCUAGGCAUGAAGACAUCCAGCAUCACCCAAAACCCUAUAGGAAAGUAUUAUAUAAGUACUAAUGCGAAUUGGGUCUCUCCCACUGGCAAGGGAGGAGUGGAGGGGGAACCCGGGUCCUCACCGAGGGACAUCGGUGCUGAACUCAGGUAAGCGACCGAAAGGGGUUUUUAACCAAAAAAUCGACUCCACGGGGAGGAGGUGGUGAGGGUGCCUUGACAGAGGUUGCACUAUAGGGAGCUAAAGUGCCAGGAAAAUUCUAAAGUUUUCCUUUAAAGUACUGUAAUAUUUAAGGUAGAGGCCUGGUGCUACACUCCUCUUGGAUAGCCCUUGACUGUACCUAGAUUUGACUCAACUGACACCUGUGACACCCCCAUAACCUGCGCUGUAAUAAGUACUGUGGAUGACUAACUUAAAAGUGCACGAUUUAGCAAGUGACAUCUUAAUCCAGUUCAGACUAGGCACGGCCAGGGCACACAAAACAAACAUAGUUUCUGUUACACUCUUCCACUAUCUGUAUUCAGUGACUGAAAAGGGCAUUUAUUGUUUUUAUUUUUUUACAUUUAUUGUGAUGAUUGACAGCCAAGAUGGAUGCCAUAGUUACUGGUUAGAGGCAAACAGAGCAAUAUGAAUUCUCUUCAUUAUAUUGUUUCAGACCUCACAAACCCCUAUUUGCUCAAUAUAGAGCCUAGUUUCUCAACCUGUGGUAUGUGUACCCUGGGAGGUACACCAAAGCUUGGCCCGGGGGUCAAAUGGAGGUGAUGAGGGAGCUGUAUUCUUAUGAUGUUCGACCAUUGCUUCCUCGUGUGGCCCUGCGGUAAUCCCAGGAGCCGGGUUAUGAUGUCACUCUGGCAUCACUAAGCAGCACGUGAGGGAGCAGUGAAGGAAGAACACGAAGAUUACAUAAGUCCCACACUGGACCCCAGAGAAAAAAUCUACUCCGGUUCUCCCAAAGGAACGGAGGCUGGGAGGACUUAAAUAAAAACAAUGUGUGAGAGAAUGUGUGUUGUGUUGGUGAAAUUAGUGUGAGUGUGUUUGCCACUGAAUAUGUGUGUGUGUGUGUGUGUGUGCGCCAGUUUCCUCUGUGUGUAACUAUAAAGUGUGCAUUUUCUUUUGUGACUUUUAUACUUCAAAUUAAUAUUUCAUACACAAUAUUCACAUUGUCAUAUUUAUUCUAAACAUAUUUUCUGCUAGCUUCAUUCAGACUUGUUCUCCAGUUUGGGAUUUACUUAAGUAUGAGUGUCUACAAUUUGCAUUUAGAAUUUAAAUCAGUAGAAAUUACUUUUUCGAGGCAGGGGUUCUUAGGAAUUCUUUUUUUUAGACCUGUAGGGGCACUGCUCUGUUAAAGUUUAGAAGCACUGAUAGAGAGCAUAAGUAAACAUAACAUUAAAAGGUCAUUAAACACAAGUGUCUCUACACACCUGACAUUCUGUGGGCUACUUCUUAGUUCAGCCAUAGCAAGACUUAACAAUUACUACAAGCACCAUGACCACUUCACUGAGUUGUGUUGAGCAUAUUGCCUGCCUGCCUGCCUGCAGUCUGUAUGUGCAGUGUAUGAAACGCUGCACACACAGGAUUUAUCCCCUCUGCUCUCUUUGGCGUAAUUCCACCUCGGGCAUCGUCAUUGGUUGUCAUUAGCCACAGUUCCGAAUUACUAAGAUGAAUUCUAUCAUAUUGGCCGUCUAAAGGGGAAGGCUGCAAACCAGAAAUCUGCAGCUUUUGCAAGCGGUUUCUAACUAUACCCCCCCAAAAAAAAAAAAGCAUAAUUAAAUGCAUGCGUGUUUUCAUUGAGUGUAUAUCUCCUAUAUAGUGAUUCAUUUAUUGAUUGUAUAUGGCUGUGUCCCUUUAGCAGUAUUGUCAAGUUGGGUAACCAUCUUUCUGAUUUAUGAAACCCCAGUAUAUUAAAGGAACACUGAAGGCACCCAGACCACUUAAGCUAAUUGAAGUGGUCUGGGCGCAACGUCCCCUUUGCACUUAGUGCUGCAAUGUUAAACAUUGCAGUCCAGAGAAACUCUGUUUACAUUGCAGCUCUAAGUCUGCCCACAGUGGCUGUCUACCAGACAGACACUAGAGGACUUCCUAAAUCAAAACGGACCUUUGGUCCGGUAUCUGGCGCUGGACGUCCUCACUCUCCGCAUGAGGACAUGAGCGUCAGAUUUUUGCCUUUGGAAAGCAUUGAUUCAGUGCUUUCCUAUGGGGAGAUCUAAUAUGUGCGCGGCAUUUACCACGCAUACGCAUUAGUUCCUGGCCACCGGAGGGGGCAGAGCCAGGACCCAGAAAAGGUAAGUAGAUAAAGGGUUUUUAUACCUUUUAUUUACAGGGGAGUCAGAGGGAGCUAUGGUGCCGGGAACACCGCUUUGUAUUCCUGGCACUUAAAGUAUCAUUUUAAUGAAGCUCUGUCUUUUGUUCUAGUCUAAAACGUCUAAAUGUGUUCUACCUAAUAAGUUGGAAUUGUUUUAUCUCCCAGGAGCUGGAAUUCCCAUAAGAACUUUCCUGGUCCUUUUAUCUUGUGCUAUUGUGUAUUGGAGAAGAUGUAUGGAUUGGUGGUGCUAAAUGUAAGUAGAUUUGUUGAGGUUUUUUUUUUAAAUCUUUGUUUUUGUGCAAGAGAUUUACAAGCAUGUGCCACAACAGCAUGCAAAGGUUUAUCAACAAAUAUUUUGACUUGGCACAUAGAAACUGCACAUUUUUCAUAAAAUAUAGUGAACUAAAAGCAUGACAUAGGUUGAUUUCAGGGAAUGGGAUGAUUACUAAGAUUACCAUAUGACAUGCUGUAGAACUGAACCAAGAUUUAAGCCAGUUGGGUUAAGCUUAGCAUUACAAUACCACACAAUAAAAAUGAAAGAGUAAAAACAACAAUAAUUAUAAGAAUACUUAGCAAGACAGAAAGGUAGGCAUGAGUCUGCUGUCAGCAGAUGAGCAGCAUUAGACUUGUAGCCGGAAUCAGCCAAUUCCCUUCAGCGGCAGGGAGUUACUGCUAGAAAGUCUGAUAGUGAGGCCUCAGAGAGGUUCCAAUUUGUUGCGAUCACGUGGACCAGCCUCACCACUCCCCAAGCUAGGACUCUCACUGUGCCAUGUUCUUCCUCCGAGGGGGCAGCCCGAGUAUACGGUCAUAGGCUGGGUUUUUUUCCGGCAGGUAUUCCUCCUCACACAAUUUUGCUGCUGUAAAAUACGGCGCCUAGUGCCGCGUAGUCGAGGCCGUCUGGUAGGUAGCAGCCAUGGUUUCAUUGGCUUGCUGCCCGGAGGUGGUUUUCCUGACCUUUUUUUCUUGCCUUUCUGAGGUCCCUCCUGGGGUGCGAGCGGGAUGGGCUCUAUGUGCCGUCGGAGUCUCGUCCAGAAGCGCCAGAAUAUUUCCUCCAGCCACACCAAGCAGAGAUCCGUAGUGCUCUGGUGUGCUCCCCGGUUUCUACCAAGCGUGAACAUAUCUGGAGGGUUGGGAUCCGCCAUCUUGGCACAUCUAAGUGUGCAGUGUUAACGGCUGAAAUCAGGAGAUAGAUUUGGCUAGGGCUGUAUGUAGCUGCCCAGUGACAACCGGGAUAACCCCCGCCGGUCCAGAGGGGCGUGUAUUAGGUCAGCAGGGCCACACUGUGAACUGUGUGGAGCUAGGAGAGUGUCUGUCUCUCCCAGGCUCUGUUUCCAGUAGGCCACAGUGAGGCUUUUGGGUUCCUGGAGGCUAAAGGUUUCGAGUGAGGUCUCAAUCAGGUCUCUUGUGAACCCACAACAUGGGUAGUGUACUUUGGUAGGUAUUGUAGCUCAAUAGUGGGGAUAAUUUCCCAAGGAUUCGCAGAAUAGUUAGGAGCUUGUGUUGCAUGCGUCUAGACAGUGCCACGGUCAGGCUCCGCCCCCGAUUUGUUUUGAUUUUUAAGCACCUUUAAAAUAAUAAAACAAACCAGUACUUGAAAAUUGAGAUGAAGUGAUUGGCUGCCUAUAGAGUGUCUUUAAUGUGCUCUUUAGCUCACAUGGAACCAAGCCAAGCAUUUCCUAAACUGGCAAUGGCCAUGGUAGUCCAGUAGCUUCUUAUGGUUUCUUUCAAGAUUGAUUCCAUAUGUACAUAGAAAUCUGUCAGCUCAAUGAGUGCUGCAUGAUAAAAUAUAAGGGUGGAGCCAAAGACCAUAGAAAUGAUAUAUCAAGGGAAAAAAGGCCAGGAAUAAAAUGUUAUGUUUUUAUAAAUCUGUUAAAUUUAAAUAAAAUAAAAUUGCUAAUUUUCUUUCAAAGUUAUGCAUAUUUUUUAAAUGGAUUUAAUAUAUACCCACAAAAAAUAAAUAUAUAUAUUACAUUACACCGGCGUGCUUACAUGGAAAUGUAUAAAUUAGUUUACUAUUUUGUGAUAUGACUAUGCAGCACUGUACAAAUUUCACAGGUCCAGUACAUUAUUAUUAUUAAUGUGCAUGUAGUGAUGAAUCUAUAAAUGGGAAAACAUUUCCCCAGACAAUGAAAGCAUUACUUUGGUAUGAACAUUAACAGAAAGUGCACAGGUCAUAGAAAAGCAAAGUGUUUAGAUUGCAGGCUAAUAGACCCUGAGUCAGGAGGACAUGGAAGCCCUGGAGGCCCCAGUCACACUAGAGGAAUUACAGGCAGCCCUAAAGUCCGCUAAACUGAACAAGGCUCCAGGACCAGACAGCCUACCGGUCCGCUACAUUAAGGAAUUCGGAGACAUGCUUUUGCCAAGACUCCUCAGCGGUAUCAACUCCAUCCGGGACGGGGAUGCCUUCCCGAGGAACACUCUGACUGCAACAAGACUCCUCAGAGGUAUCAACUCCAUCCGGGACGGGGAUGCCUUCCCGAGGAACACUCUGACUGCAACAAGACUCCUCAGAGGUAUCAACUCCAUCCGGGACAGGGAUGCCUUCCCGAGGGACACUCUGACUGCAACAAUAACGGUCAUCCCGAAAGAGGUGAGGGACCCCACUAGCUGUGCGAGCUACAGACCAAUUUCCCUCCUGAAUGCCGACCUGAAGCUCUUUACAAAAAUCCUGGCAACCCGGCUCAGCGGAGUCCUCCCGGACCUGGUGGCACCGGAUCAGGUGGGUUUCAUCCCCGAAAGAGAGGCGAGAGACAAUACCACCAGGGCCCUGAACAUCAGCCACGCGUCCGGACGGCUCAAACAACAAAUUCUUCUCCUCUCUACGGAUGCGGAGAAGGCCUUCGACCGCCUGGAUUGGCAGUAUAUGAAGGCAACUCUAAUAGCAAUGGGAUUCGGGCCGUGCGUAAUGGCAUGGGUGUCGUCGCUAUAUAUGAUCCCGAACGCCAGGAUUCGGAUAAAUGGAGCCCUCUCACCGGCGUUCCAAAUCCGGAAUGGGACGAAGCAGGGGUGCCCGCUCUCCCCCCUUCUGUUUGCCCUCUUCCUGGGGGCGGUCAGACGGGACGGGGAUAUAUCUGGGUUUACCCUGAAAAGAACCACCCAUAAGAUUGCUGCUUAUGCCGAUGACAUGCUAUUCUUCAUCAGCAUCCCCCUGGUAUCCUUGCCAAACCUAUUAAAGGCUUUCAAGGACUACGGCCGUAUCUCGAACCUGAAGUUAAAUACAGAAAAGUCGGAGGCUCUGCUCAUCUCCGCGAGGGAGUGGGAGACCACUCACCUGCGAACACAGUUCACAUUUAUGUCGUGUGAGACCAAACUGAAAUACUUAGGUAUCUGGUUAACAGCAGACCUCACCCAGCUAUAUACCCACAAUUUCUCUCCGCUCCUACGGACACUAAAAAGGGAUAUGCUACGGUGGUCUAGCCUGUGUGUCUCUUGGUUUGGCAGAAUGAACGCCAUUAAGAUGAACCUCCUCCCUCGACUACUCUACCUAUUCCAAACAAUACCAAUUUGCCUGCCCACGUCCUUCUUCCAACAACUGGACGCAGACAUUUCGCAGUUUAUCUGGCGAAACCAAUCAUCUCGAAUCAGGGAAACACUGCUACAUAGGCCGAAGGCACAGGGAGGGUGGGACUCCCCUCGGUCUGGAAUUACCACAGGGCCACACAUCUACAGCGCAUAGUGGAAUGGCAUGUGUCCAGGACAACCAAGACCUGGAUACACAUGGAAAGAGCCCAGAUGGAAGGGGCGCUCCCGACUUUAAUAUGGAGAUACAAACCUAUCAGAGACACAUUAGCACAGCACCAUCCGUUCAUAGGUGCGACCCUGAAAAUCUGGUGCGCAAUAAGGACGAAACUUAUAACUUAUAAGGACGAAACCCCAGUGGCGCACAACCCGCAGGUGGCGGGAGGCCUAGCACAAGCGGACCUCCUCGCGUUCGGCGGCACUGACUGGUCCUAUAUGCAACAGUGGUGCUCAAGGGACGAUCUCAAACAACUACCAGACCUGAUGAGGGACAGGACCCCGACACCCUUAGAUAGGUUACGCUACUUCCAAGUCAAGUCAUACUAUAAAGCACAAAACGGGAAACAUCUCUUCCACAGACCUCUGACAGAGUUUGAUUGACUGUGCACAAAUAGGACACGUCCCCCUAGGGGUAUCUCACUCUUAUAUGCCCUGCUAACAGCGGCAACCCCACUGGAGCCGGCAAAACACGCUGCACACUAGGAGAAAGCCACGAGAAUCACGCUCACUGACCCAGACUGGGUGAAAAUAUACAUACUGACACAUCAAAGUUCCAUGUGCUCUAAAAUGCAGGAGUUGAACUACAAACUGCUCACCGGAUGGUACCGGACCCCAGACAGGCUACACCGCAUGCUACCUGACGUCCCGGAUACGUGCUGGAGAUGCGGGGGGCGGCCGAGUACACAUCUGGUGGUCCUGUAAUAAGAUCUCCCCAUUCUGGCAGGAAGUUCACAAGACGAUACUGUAGCGGAGCGGCAAUAUUAAAUCCCAUGAUCUCCGCUGGUUAAGAAGGUAAUCCACAGUCAAGCGCUGAAAAGCAAGGCAAUAUCCCAAAUCCCCCAGUAACCGGACGAAACACAGUUCUGGGAGUCAACUGAGGUCUUUAUUCACAGCUCCAGUAUUUAUGCAAGUCCCCAUGCAAGGGGUUUCCCUACUGACAUAGCAGGGAUAAUACAGUAGGGGACUACAUGGGGGAUUUAACAUUCUGGGCAUUUCUCCCAUCAGGCACUGCUGCACGAGAGGGAUACUCCCACUGGAAUAUACUGUUAAGUGGAUUAUCCCUCCGUGCAGCAGAACCGACAAUUCACUUUUAAAUACAUAACUUUUCGAAUACUUGGCAGAUUUAAACGAAUGGACGUUCGGUAGAUAGCUGGGGUCUGAGUGCACAGUUCGCGAGAAUACCGCUCAGAUCGCAGCUAAAACAACCGAACGCCGUAUGAAAUACACUUUGUCAUAGAGUUCGCCCCAAAAUACCAAACACCGAUGGGGAACCCUAAUGGCGAAAGACCGGAGCUCCUGAACGGCCUGGAAGUCCAGCUGUGUUCGCGCCGUCGAGUAGCCGUUUUCAGUUCCACGCACUCGACGACCAAACACCUCUGGGGAGACAAAGGAUCCAAGAUGGCCGACCGCCGCGUGGUCGGUAGCCGAACUGCGGCCACCUAGGGGAGCCUCUAAUUACCGAUUGCAACAUGGUUGCAAUCGGUUAACGAGCGCCACACGUCCCUAUGUGUGUGGGCUAUUAGGGGUAGCUCAUUCGGUUCACGAACAGCCUGCAAUGGUGCUGUUCGUGAAACGAAACACGUGAAUGCUAGCGGCUUACGGCAGCUAGCAUACGAAUUCAAUACAGCAUAUAUUAACACACAGGACACAGCCAGGCAAUAUAAAAGUUACAGGAAUAAUACAGUCAACCUUUUUAUAUACAUAGUCCAGAUUAUUACAAGUGGCUAGGUUUGCCACGGAUACAAGAGGUUACGGACAGCAACCUUCCUUUCCAGCCACUCCGGAUGCUGCUCCACCAUACCCCGAUGCCCAUCUCACGAUAUAAAUCCACCUUAACCAAGCACCACCUCACCGCCGCCAAACUCAUGAUCCCGGUUCGAUGGCGAUCUCUCCAGGUGCCUACCAUCCAGCUGUGGAUGGACAAAGUGGAAGAGAUACGCGAGAUGGAGAGGCUUACGGCGACACUCAGGGACAAAUUGGACAAAUACCAGCAAUGUUGGACCCCAUGGAUACUCUAUCUGUCCAGAAGAUAGGAAGGACAUCGGGGAGAGUAGCUGGGCGUCCGGAUGGGUCGGGGUGGCUGGGGAUCAUCUGGGCCUGGGAGGGGCUGGGGGCGUCCCGGGGCCUUGGGAGGGUCGGGGGGAACGCUGCUCCUCCUCCCCAUCUACCUUCCCUUCCCUCACCCUAAGCACUCAGCUGGCGCCACAGGGGCGGGAUGUGGGAGAUGCAUAACCAUGAAUACCCACAUUGAAGGGCGGGGUGGAGGGGGGGGAUCUGUAACCCCGACAUGUUGAAGGAAAAAGAGGGUGGACCGAGAGACCAGAUAGGCUAGCCCCCAAGAAAAUAAAAAAGAAAAACACAAAAAGGAAUGCCCAAUUGUAACGCACCGAAGAUGAGGAGCAUACAGGUGACAAGCAACACUAGAGGAGGCAAGUGUCCGUAGAGUACCCAAGCACACCUGGCCCUACGCCACGCAGGUUCUGACUGACGGAGAGGGUGGCCUUCAUGGGAUCGUAUCUGCAUCACCGAAGCGAUGAGGGCGGAGACAUGCCCGGUCUGCCAGAUACCCAUCUAAUGGGCACAGCUGCCUCGAGCAGGCCGGUAUAGCCCGAGAUGCCUGACGGGACGAAACUGGACGCCCCUACAUUUCCUCACACACUGCCCCAAGUCAAAAAAGAAUUUUUUAGGGCCACGGGCAGGCGGGCAUAGACACGGCUAAUCACAUGCUGGCUUAUAGAGCACAAAGAGUGGCAGAGCAUGGGCACACUCUGCUAGCACUAGCCUCUCGAGACAGCAACAUAGCAGAUGACACUAACUCUGAGAGUAGGAGACAAUUAGAAAGUGUAAGCUACAUGAGACUACAUUAAUGCCAAGGAAAGUGCUUCUAACUUAGCCACUCACAUAACAAAACACUGCAGCACUAAAUACAACAAAGAGACGUUUAGAGGCAAAAAAAAACUCAUCAUGUCAUUGUUUUGCUGAAGUUGUUUUCAAUGAGACGUUACACAUACCCAAUGUUUCACAGGCAUGAUAUACUUGUUAUACAUUAUAUGUUGCCGUAUCACUGUUCGGCAUAAAUACAAAAAUAAAGAUUGUCAAAAAAAGAUUGCAGGCUGAUUGUGGCUCCUCUUGCUGUUACCAGAUUGUUACUCUUAUCGUUAUCUGUCCUCUUGUAGGAUGUUUGUGAUGAUAGGAGAUGUAACUGAAAAGGCACGGUAGGCUGUGCAUACUCCCAGACCUGCCUUAGAUUGUUAGGUAUUUAAGCUAACAAUUGUUUUCUGAUUAUUUAUUUAGGUUGAAGACCCAACUUGUUUUUGGUGUCAAAUAACCACGAUCAAUGGUCUAAGGACAUACGAAAACAAGGAGUAUGAGGAUAUGUACGCAGAUCUGAAUUUGCUGUACACAAAAUCAUACAGAGAUAUUGAGCAACUAAGGCCCAUCUCAUUGUCUGUUGGAGAGGUAAUUCACAAACUGUUUCUAAAACUUCAAUCUACCUAUAUUCCAGAUUAUCACACAUUAAAAGACCAUGUCUACAUAUACAGCCUGUAUAAAGAAGAUUUAUACACUCAAAAUACCAAAAGAACUUUAGUUGAAUGAAGGGGUUUUGUAUACGGUAUAUAACACGCCUCUGCAGUCUCACUGCUCAAUUAUCUUCUAUUUAGGAGUUAAAUCUCUUAGUUUAUGCAGCCCUAGCCACACCUCCCUGCAUGUAACUACACAGCUUCCCUACACAUUUCCUGCAUUUUUUUUUUUUUUUAGCUUCCUUUGUUGCACAAUGUGUUAAUUUUAUAAUGUAUCUCCUGCUAGAGUUGCAGCAGUCUCCUGUGUGUGAUUUAAGUUGAAUUUUAUGGCAAGACAGGAGGCUUCAUAUUUGCUUAAAAGGACACUAUAGUCACCUGAACAACUUUAGCUUAAUGAAGCAGUUUUGGUGUAUAGAACAUGCCCCUGCAGCCUCACUGCCCAAUCCUCUGCCAUUUAGGAGUUAAAUCCCUUUGUUUAUGAACCCUAGUCACACCUCCCUGCAUGUGACUUGCACAGCCUUCCAUAAACACUUCCUGUAAAGAGAGCCCUAUUUAGGCUUUCUUUAUUGCAAGUUCUGUUUAAUUAAGAUUUUCUUAUCCCCUGCUAUGUUAAUAGCUUGCUAGACCCUGCAAGAGCCUCCUGUAUGUGAUUAAAGUUCAAUUUAGAGAUUGAGAUACAAUUAUUUAAGGUAAAUUACAUCUGUUUGAAAGUGAAACCAGUUUUUUUUUCAUGCAGGCUCUGUCAAUCAUAGCCAGGGGAGGUGUGGCUAGGGCUGCAUAAACAGAAACAAAGUGAUUUAACUCCUAAAUGACAGUGAAUUGAGCAGUGAAAUUGCAGGGGAAUGAUCUAUACACUAAAACUGUUUUAUUUAGCUAAAGUCAUUUAGGUGACUGUAGUGUUCCUUUAAUCUUUCUUUACUGAAACCUCCAGCAGCAAAGAAACCGUUAACAACAGAUAGAUAAAAAUCAACCAAUCGCAGGGCAUGACAGUAAUAUGUAUUGUAAUCAGGCCCCUCUUUCUUUGCUGCUUGCCUCCCAGGUGAGUCUAUUUCAAUUACAGUCUCUUACAUUUAAGACUUUAUUAUAAAUAUUCUUAUAUAUUAUGUCUUUCAUUAUAUUUUUCUUGAAAUUAGGUUGAAGACCCAACUUGGUUAUUAUAAUGGAUUUAUUACUUCACAGGCUACUGCUACUGUAUUCUUUCAUAUUUCACAUCUUUUGACAGUUUUCUCCUUGUUUCUAUUUCUACAAGUGUUCCUCUCAGACACUGCCUUAUAAUUUUCUCCUCUGUGGAGCGCCACUGCAGUGCGGUGCCUGUCUGCGCCGUUUUGCUACUUUAACUUGUUAUCUAACAUGUCCCUUUCUACUCGCGGCAGCCAUCUUACGUUUUUGUGGCACUUUCCUGCCUUUUUUACCAAUCGGGACAGUGCAGCACUAACAGACUUUUUUACAGCUCUGCUCUGCUUUUUGCCGGAUUCUAUCAGGUAAGUUCACCUAAUUAAAGGGACAUUCUGCUUAAGGUCCUUUCAUCGAGUUUCAGACAUUCGAACUUUCGAUUUCCAUGCAGUCACCUUUGCCCUGGACGGGGGAAAACUUUACCAUUACGAGACGUACUAAAGUUAGUUUGUCAUCAGUUUUUUAUCAUUAUUUUCCAGAUAGACCUUUCCUCUGCGUGGCUCGAUGUGUUCAUCAAUACAUCCCUCUUACGACCCCACUCAGCGCACCCUCAGGUCCUCUUUUCAUGUCAUAUGUCGGAGCUCACAAACCUGUCUCAGGCCCGACAAUUGCCCGUUGGGAUUAAGUGGCUACUCACUCUGACAGGGAUUGAGCCCUCUUUUGGUGCCCACUCAGUCAGAGGUGCGGCUGCAUCUUCUGGACCUUCUAUUUUAGGCUGAUGUCCCAUGCUUCUUUAUCAUUGACUUCUCAGAUUUAAAACCACAAAUAUGAAGCCUCCUGUCUUGCCGUAAAAUUAGGGAUUAUUCUAGCAUACUGACCAAAUAAUCUAAAUUUUAUUUACGACAGGAGGCGAAUAUAUUCCCUCCCUUCUUCUCCAACCCUAAUCUAUUUUCUACUGAACUACUUUUUUUAUUACAUUUUUUUUUUUGCAGUGCAUAUGAGGGUAACAUAGAAGCGUGCGGUACCCCAAAGAUAGUCCGCAUGCAUAUUUCAGCACAAUAAGAACAGUGGGGUAAGUCAUAACAGUGCACUCAUUUUAUGUUUAAGUACAGGAGUGUCGAGUAUAACACAUGCGAGUUAGGUAUAUAUAUCAUGAGUUUCUCAGGCUAAACAUUAGGGUGUUUGGAGCUUGCACAUAUUUUUAUAGUAGUACAUGUCGAGAGAUAACAAAAGCAGCAUUGAAGAUAUUUAUAGGUUGUAAGUAGGUAUGACCCUUGCAUGGGCUUAUCUGGAUAUAACAUGUCUUAUACAGGUGUCUAGUGCUAUCUUUUCCAGCAGUAUCAUACAGGUAGACUGUUGCUUAGAAGAUUAAAAUAUAAACAUGUAAACAUCAAGGAUAUUCCAAUGUGUAACUCUUCCUUGUCUGUACAAUAUAAUGCUUACUUUUUAAACAGUUAGUACGGUAACAGACUUACUUACAAGCUCCUCUGGUUUGACUCAAGUGUAUGUGAGCGUGUGCCUUCGUUUGUGAACUAGGCAUGGUGACAGGCAUAUGUAAGUGUUGUUGCACUAUCUAAUCUCAGGAAGAUUUUCGCUGGAAGCAAAAUAGACUUGUUAUACCAAGAAACAUGGUACCUGCGAUGCAGGGUAUAAGGCAUGCAUAAUAUUAAGCUCCUUGUCCACAAGUGUGUCCAACUGCUCGGUAAGGCCUGCAGUCUCGCUGUUAUGGCAUGCAGGGGCUAGCGUUAUGACAGUGUCCCAUUUAAUCGAGUACACAGGGCCCCAUCAGGUCCUCCUUCACCCGAUGCCCACUUUGUAUAGGCGAUGUGUGUCCCGAGCUGGGUUUCUAUGCCCCGCUGCAGUACGGGUGUCCCACCAGCCCCAGGCUGGUUUACAGGCCUGCAUCUUCUUGCCACAAACUCGGCUGCCGCUGGUUUCCGGGUUUACUCCACGUGUGGGAGGGACAAAGGAGCUGGUCUUUUUCCGUCCCUUGCGCUGCUUAUUCCUCCAACAGUGUGGACGAUGCUUUUGGGCUCUCUGCCCUUUGGUCUGCAGCCCGGGUGGGCUAGGUUGCGUGUGGAUGAGUAGGUGAGGCGACUUUGUGACCAAGGGCAUUGCCUCCACUCCCCGACAUUCGCGGUUUUGCUCACCCUUCAUCGGUGGUGCAGGUGUCAUUGGUCAGGCUGCUUGUUGCCACUUCAUGAGGGUGUCCCAAAAGUGGGUCAGUAUCGCCUCUAGGUUCCGUAGGGGUGCAUUCCGUGGCGUUGGUGACGGUUUUGUGUUCACCAUGUGGGUCGCGUUGCCGGCCGCCAUUUUAGUUGCUCUCUGUAACGGAUCAUCUGGCACCCCGACUGGGUACCUCCGUUGAAGGAUGCUCCUAGCGCUUCCUGAGGACUCCAAGCACUGCAGCAGACACCACAACCACCGAACAGGAGAAGCAAACGAAUGCUAAAAACAGCUGAAUAGGAAAAGCGUACAAUCAGCUUACACUCCUGGCAAUCAGCAUACAAUCCAAUUCUCCCAAUAACGAGACGACACUUCGUUUUGAGGCCAAGCAGAACUGACUGUACUGGCACAUACAGCCUCUUUUAUUCACAAUCCACAAACAUAGUACUGCCCACAGGGUUUUGAAAUACAACCAAUCAAUCCGUACAAUACACACAGACACUCCCACACAAAAUCCUCCCCUCUGCCUGUGAUAUGAUUACUGAACACAAUGGUUAAUCUAAUUAUCACAGGCAGAGAAAUACAGUAUUAUAAAACAUCACAGGGACCCCAAAACAUGCAAUAGCCCCAUAAAAAUCCUCGGAACCGGGGGAUGUGGAUGAACCACAUAUCCAAAAUUCACCCAGAUCUGUUCAGUAGUUUGGAAGAUGCUGUUUAAUGCAGAUUCCAGAGAACAUAUACAGGCUAUAUGAAAAAUAAUUACUGUAUAAUGUGUCCCCUGUUGUAUAGUUUAAAACUACUGAACGAUGUCUUCGUGCACCAAAUACUGGCGAGAUGGCACCAUGUAGAAUGUCCAAACAGUGUCUGUGAGUUAAAAUGGCCGCCAUCCAUUGUUCUCACCAUGUGCUUCAUCCAUUGUUCUCGCCAUGUGCCUCUGAUACAUGAAAUGGUGGCCACCCAGUAACUCCACAGUAUGUCCCUAGAUGGUUCUUAAAGGGCCAGCAGCAGCAUAAUAAAAUACAAUAUGCCCAAAUAAUGUCUUUAAGGGUCAAUACAUCCCAGGGGCCAUAGUCUCAUGGCAGGAGGCUGGCAAUCAGUCUUCUCCAAUGCCCAGUGGCGAGGUCGCUUUCGCCACACUCUCUGCGUGGGCCUGCAGUUUAGCAUGCCCGGGUCAGGCUUGUGUUGUCUUCUCGGCUGGGUGCUAUUGGAGUCGAGUGAGGACCGGGAUGACCCCCACCGGUUCAGGGGGCAGGGGGGGGGAAUGGAGGCGAGUGCAUAAAGGGGUUGGUAUCUGGCUUUACCAUCCAGGAGAGCAGCCAUCUCUCCCUGGCUUGGUCGCAGGUAGGCCCCAUAUGCUUUGUUCGGGUUCCCGGGCAGUGUAAGAUUCGCUUGUAGGUGCAUUCGAUGCCCCUUGGUUACCUUGACUCGUGUGCACUUAGGCUCCAGAUUGUGUCUGUUUUCGGGGUAUAUACCCCCGAUUUCGUUGUUUAGUGUAGGAGCUGAUUCACAGUACGUCUGGCCGGCUCGAUGGUUAGGCUCCGCCCCCUUUUGAACUACUUUUAACACGUCUCAUAUUUUAUGGAUUCUGUUUUAUCCUUUAUGCAUUAUAACCAUUUAUGACACAAGUCUUUAUAUUGUUACAUAGCUGACAGCCUUAUCUGUUUUAAUCUAUUCGAUUUACUUAAUAUAUUAGUAUUCUAGCUCUACCUGUUUAAAUCUAUCUGAUUUCUUUAGUAUAUUCGUACAUUAGCUAAUAAUACUAACCUAGAUGUUGGCUCUGGCAGGAUUUCUAUAACCUAACAGAGUUAGGACAUUGAAGUGGUCUUUUAUGGUACCAAUAAACCAUACUUUCACGAUGUCUCUUUUCUCUUUCCAGUGUGAGAAUGCAUCCACUUUCCUACAUGGAUCCUUCUUCGGUUCCUAGUUUACCUGGUUGACUAUGCGACUAAACGUAUCCAUUGGUUUUCCUGUUAUAGUUUACCUGGUUGAGUCUACUGCGAAUCACAAGCAUCAAGGAAUAAGAGCCUGAUUACAAUACAUACUAGUGUCAUGCCAUCUGACUGGCUGAUUUUUAUCUAUCUUUUGUUAACGGUUUCUUUGCUUCUGGAGGUUUCAGUAAAGAAAGAUUAAGCAAAUAUUCACCUCCUGUCUUUAAUAAACUUUAAAUUAUUUGUUCACUAUGCUAGAAUAAUCCAUAAUUAACAGAGCAGGACAUAAGAACUCCUAAAGUAAAUGCAUUGUGCUGUAAGAUCUGAUUGAAAUUGAAACCAUGGGAGCAGUGGCUAGGGCUGCAUCAUAGAAUAAAAGUGAUUUAACUUAGUGGCAGAGCGUUGAGCAGUGAGACUGUAAGGGCAUGAUCUAUACACCAAUACUGCUUUAUUAUGAUAAAGUUGUAUCGGUGUUUAGAGUGUCCCUUUAAACAAAUAGUGGCUGUUCAUUUUAUAAAUCUAAUGUAUACAAAUAGGAUGCCCGUGUUCAUGCAACACGUUUCAUUUGGUGGAUCUGGAAUAGUACAUAAAACAACAUUUUGUGAAAAUGCUUACUUUAUGUACAAGAGGAGGGACAGGAGAGUCAUGAGGAUCACACACAAAUUUGCAAUUUGUAAGAAAGAUGCCUUUCAAAUAAGAUAAAACAUUUGUUGAAACAAAAUGAGUUAUUUUUCUUUAUCAGUAAACUUGGCGCAACACAGUAUAUCUCAGAUAUUCGUAAUAUAAUCAGCAUAACCAACACCAGAGGGUGUUUACAAAAUCGCUAUCUAUUUAAACUGUAAUUAUUUGGUUACUAAAAGCAAAUUGCUAGAGCCAUCAUGUUUUUGCAGUAACUGUUGGGAAACGCAAGUUGGUUUGUAAGCCAGAGGCGUAAAUUACACAGUGCAGAAUCCCAAGAUAUAUCUUUAUAGUGUUGGCACGGUCCACGUCCUACAUUUAUGGGCCUUUUUGCAAUUAACCCAUGCAUUAUCAAUGGGCCAACACAGUCUUCCUUGCCUUUUGAAUUUUAAUAAAUCUGUCCUGUUGGCUAGCAUUGAUAAUGCUGCUCUUUAAAGGCAAACAGUUAUUUCUCUGGAAUUUACGUAAAUUAAUACAUUAUUAAAAUUCACCUAUCAAUUGUUUUAACCUUUUUCAAAUGAUGCUCUUUUCUUUUUAAUGCACAUUAAAGAUUUUUUGCUUGACAUCCUAGUCCUAUUCAGUCCUGGUAUGGGCAAGGCACACAUUGCAUUGGAGGAAGAGUAACAGAAACGCUUGCAAUAUUCAAUGCCAUAAAAAGAGCAGCACUUAGGGCAAUCAUUGACCGGAAGCCAAGAUGGACGCACAAAGAUAAAUACAGUGGUGUUCCUUUAGGGAUGUUUUAUUGGCUUUACUUUGCAAUUUUCCAUGAAGUAAUUUGAUGUCUGAUUUCCCCUCUCUUCCCCCCCCCCCAUGUAGCUUUGUAUGGUGUUUUGUGAAGAGCUGCAGUGUUGGUGCCGUGCCACACUGGAGGCAGUUGCAUGCAAUGCAGAGAAUGGACUGGUGGAGUGCUUCCUUCUGGACCAUGCUAAGCUUUGCCCUGUGCAAAAAAGAGAGUAAGCUUAUCUUCUAAUCCAUGUGCUUUUUAAAUUAUUAAAGGGGCUCUGUCAUAGUGUUUAUUCCCCAAAGGCCCAGACAGCUGUUUUAUUUGUUCCUGCUCAUUUCCCUUACCUAUUUUUUAUUUUUUUUAUUAUUUGUUUAUAAUUUUUCCAGUUGGCACUAUCUUCUCUUCUGCAGCAGUGAUGUGUGCUGCCUGACUUCGUUUUACUGUUUGUGGGCAUGUGCUCAUGAUCUUACACAUGCCAAAACAAGGGGUCCCACAGGCACCCGUCCUCACUUGACACAUUGCUAGUGUGGAGUUUACAUGAUUUUUUUUGUAGCUGAUCACCUCUUUAUAUUUUCUGCUUUUUAUUUAUUGAUUUGAUUUAUGCAAAUGAAUGUUUCAAAAGAAAGCCUUAUCUAUCCUAAAAAGGUACUGAAUAAGAUAUAAUCUCAUAUAGCAAAUCCUACUCUGGUCUGCAUCAAAUAGGAAGCUACCUUGGCACUCAUGCAGCGAAGUAAGAGGAAAAUCACUGCACAUUCCUUGAGCUGGAGCCAUAUUUGUGGGCAUGUGUUCAUGAUCUUACACAUGCCAAAACAAGGGGUCCCUCAGGCACCCGUCCUCACUUCACACGUUGCUAGUGUGGAGUUUACAUGAUUUUUUUGUAGCUGAUCACCUCUUUAUAUUUUCUGCUUUUUAUUUAUUGAUUUAUGCAAAUGAAUGUUUCAAAAGAAAGCCUUAUCUAUCCUAAAAAGGUACUGAAUAAGAUAUAAUCUAAUAUAGCAUGGUCUGGUCUGCAUCAAAUAGGAAGCUACCUUGGCACUCAUGCAGCGAAGUAAGAGGAAAAUCACUGCACAUUCCUUGAGCUGGAGCCAUAUUGUAUAGAGUGAGUAUUUAAAUAUUAAAUUAAGCAGGUCAGAGUGACAUUUUAAUUCCUGUUGAUUGCAGCGUUCGCCUGGCAGUAGAGGAUUGUAAAAUGCUCCCAUUCCGAGCUAAAAAGUUCAAAUUACACCAUGUUCGACCAGUGUCCCUCUGCAUUAACUUCUCUGAAGACACGACAGGAUUUAGGUAAGAUACCUUAUCCUAUCUCCAUUCCAUAACCCACAUUACGGACUGUUCAGAGGGUUUUAUUCAAUGUUUGGCACGUACUGGGGACAUUCAGCCCUAGAAAGAAGCAGUAACUUUCAACAUAGCUUUCCAAAAAGGCAGAUUACACAAAUUAAAGUUGUCAGAUUUGCACAAACAAACAAAACCUGCACUCUGACCAGAGGAUUGGGAGUGAAAUUAAAAAGUCAUGACUAAGUCGUGUAGAUGACCGAUUCACCUUCAGGUAGCCCUAGACUCAGUCUAUAAACAUUGUGCUAGCAAAAUUGCAAGCAGCUAUAUAAAUUGAGAUUGUCCUCCCAGUAUAUUUUUCAGAAAUAGACAGGGUGGCUAUAUUAAAGGACCACUAUAGUGCCAGGAAAACAUACUAAUUUUCCUGGCGCUAUAGUGCACCCUCAGGGUCCCACUCCCGUGGCGAGGUAGGGGUUAAUCCCUUACCUUUUUUCCAGCGCCGGGCUCCCUCGGCGCUGGGACUCUCCUCCCUCUUCUUCCGUCACCGGCUGAAUGCACAUGCGCGGCAAGAGCCGCGCGCGCAUUCAGCCAGUCCAUAGGAAAGCAUUCACAAUACUCCUAUGGACGCUGGCAUCUUCUCACUGUGAAAAUCACAGUGAGAAGCACCUCUAGCGGCUGUCAAUGAGACAGCCACUAGAGGCUGGAUUAACCCUAUUGUAAACAUAGCAGUUUCUCUGAAACUGCUAUGUUUACAGCAAAAAGGGUUAAACCUAGAUGGACCUGGCACCCAGACCACUUCAUUGAGCUGAAGUGGUCUGGGUGCAUAUUGUGAUCCUUUAUCAUUUGACCCCUAUCAUUGGCUCUGGAGAGGUUGCAUAACCAGAUACUUCUGGCUUUUUGUUUGUAGUCUUUACCACUAUAAUAGUGAGAAGCGGCAAACACUUGUGAUAAAAAGUAGAAUGCUGCAAUUUUCAUCUACAUAUGUGCUAGCAAUUUGUUUAGCAUGAUGUACAAAGGUCAUUUUAAUGCUUUGCAAAAUUACAUCAUGUCACGUUGGUCAUAAAUAACAGCGAACCCCAAAAAGAACUCCAAUCAAAUUUCAAAAUGUAGGCUAGAGGACUAUUUUGGGCUUAAAUUUGAAAUUCGUGUUGACUUGCCAGGUAUUCCACCCCUUUAGUGAAGAACCCUGUAAUAGUACAAAACAAUCCAUCCACUUUAUUAUAGUUGAAGAUUUCUUCCACAAUAAUCUCAAGUUAUAGAUCUCGGCUACUGCUUAUAUUAUUUCAGUUUCAUUUUAAAUUUAUUGCUGCAGUUUUCCAAAAUUCUCUUCUCACAGUCUUAGAUACACUGACUAGAUCUGCGCUUGAAAUCAUGUGAAAAUGAUUUGCAGCAUUAUUAUUAACUGUGCUAAAUCCUGUGUUUCUGUAGACCGUCUAAAAAAUGGGACACGGCAGCCAUUCAGUAUUUCAGGACGUUACUAAGUGGUAAGAAUAAGUUGUAUUUCUGUUAAUCAUGAAUCGGUUCCUUUAUCUUCGUAACUAAACAAAGCUGUGUCAAGAAUACUGUGGGAGUAAUGUGUUACAGCCGAAUACAGCAAAAUGUAACCACUUCCAAAACAAAAAAAUAAACAUAUAUUUAUCUGCGAUCUGUGAAAACCCGGAAUUGAUCCUGAAAAAGCAUCUCUGUCACUACCACUUAAAGCAUAGUGCAUGUGGGAAUAGUGACGGGACCUGUAUACAUUGGAGUCAAAGUGGAAAAAAUACAUUAUUAAUAGCUGGAAUGCUUUAGUGAGUUGGUGUUUUUCCUUUAAUGGGUUAUUUCAGUGUCUGCCAUGUAAAAAUGCAGGCUUUAUCGUGUUAGUGAACCCAUGGUAGUGUACUUGGUUUUGGUAGUAGGAAAGAGAUAGUUGAUGAAAGUGUAUUUUAUCAAGUUAAGUUUAGAUAUGUUUAAAGUGACACUAUAGUCACAAGAAAAACUAUAGCUUAAUGCCGUAUAGUCGGUCCCUGCAGGCAUUUUAAUGUAAACACAGCCUUUUCACAGAAAAGGCCGUGUUUACGCUACUGCCUAGGGACAUCUCAAGUGGCAGUCCCUCACAAUGUGCAGCACCUUCGUUCAGCAUCUCCAUACUCUGCGUGGAGACAGUGAACUUUCUCCAUAGAGAUGCAUUAAGUCAGUUUGGUGAUCUCAGCCAAGGACUCAUGCGUUGCUGGAAAAGUGUCAGGAAUACACUUUUUUGUAUUCCUGAUAUUACAGUGUUAUCCUUCCAGUGACUACAAACUUCUAAUUUUUCUUUAUAUUAUUUUAUUCUAUUUAAUAGAGUCAACCUUCACUGAAGCAAAGCUGUGUUCUGUGGAAGACAACAUUCUGAGUGUUUAUCUAUAUGUCACUACAAAGGAAGCUACGGUAAUAGCUUUUCUGACAUCUAUCUGGAGGUGUAGAUACACUUAGAAUGUAAUUAAUAACUUGACAACUGUCUAUUAAGGUAUGCGUCAAUGAUGAGCUUGUGGCAAAGAACUUUGCUUGUUUCUGUACGGAGAAAACCCAUAAAGAAAAGGUGGAACCAGCAAAAGUUAAGAUUCUGCAAAACAUAGAAAGAAAUCACUUUCCGGAAUAUCACAACUCCAAAGCUGUGGCUUGUCCAACACAGGCCCUCUGGCCUACCUUAUUUGAAACUAGAUUUUCACAAAGCUGCCACUCAGGUAUGGGACGCUUCUUGUUAUUUCACUUUCAUUGAUUUUUAUUCCUGUUUUAUUUUUAUUUAUUUUUUGUGCUGUCCUAAUCUUCUGCAAGAGUUUGCUUUACUUAUUACAGAACAAAUGCAAAUUGUUGAUACUGGUAAAACUUUGUAAUCUUUUAAAUCCUUUACGUUGCACUUGCAGUUAACACCAAGCCUGUUGAACAUUUUAGUGCUUGAUAAAGUUCUUUGCAUAUAUUUUUAUGCGCAGAUAAAUUUCAACUGGAUGCGAGCACAGCUUUCUGCUUUCUUAAUAGCAAGCUUGGAGUGCCAAAAUACUAAACAGGCAGCCAUGCACAGAGCGUUGCUUGAAUUCAUACUAAACAUUGGGGAGAGGAGAGACGCCCACGCCGCCCUGUAUGGGCCCUAUAGUUGAUAAAUAUAUGAGAAAAAGAGCCAAUUUUUAGUAAAACAUUGCAAGAGAGCAGUGAGCGUUGCACUUGAAGGAUUUAUUAUUAUUCAUGAUUGAUGUUAUGAUUUAUAUUUUUUUUAAAGUACAAGGUUAAAUACAUUUCUUUUAUUAUCUUCAUUUUCCCUUUAGGAUUCCCAAUAAAGGAGAACAUAGACUGUGACUUAAGGUAUGAAACUCUUCUGUAAGUAUGUACUAUAUUAGAUCUGCGUCCAAUACACACCAUAACCACCGUCUUAUUGUAGUGGUUAUGGUGCGGAGUCUUCAGGCGCCAUUCCUCCAUUAGUUUCUAACUGUUUUUUAGCAGUUAGAAAAAUUAAAAGCUAGAGCUCUCCUGGCACUUAAAGCCAAACCUCUGCUGCUGCUCAGGGAAUGGGGAAAUUAACUUCAGAUGGCAAAUAUAGGCUGAGAGCACUGAGGAAAAGACUCUUAGCCUACCACUGCAUCCAAACUUGGAGGACUAAUGCAGGAAUUCAUUUCUGCAUUAGAUGAUCUGCAAUACUAAUAGUGUACUUUAAAGACCGCUAAUUUGCAAGACCCCAACGGUGACAUUUUCACUGUGGAGAGGAGGAAAGGUGAAUUUAACUUACCUUAACCUGACCUUUGUGGGUGCUGCCAUUUUCAUCUUACCUAUCCUCUUCUGCUACUAGCACUUCAGCUCCAGUAAUCGGCAGCACGUCCGAGCUCUUGCUCAUGCGUAAGCGUAUAGCAUUGAGGUCUAUUGGAUCCCGCGAUUGACACUUAUAGACAGCGGUAGCUGUCUCAGUAUAUCUUUUGACUGGCUUGCAAUUUCAGUGAAGUUACAACAUAGUCAAUAUAUGAUUUUAUCUUUAUGAAAUACUAAUUUUGCAGGAGGAGGGGUACAGUGCCACUUUAAAGACAAAACGCCUAAUGCUGUCCAUUCGGUAUCUGCUCUUAUUUUAACUGCCUCUUUCAUGUGAAAAUUCCCAUUUAAAACAACUUUCCUGCCGGAUUAAAUCUCACUAGACUAGUAGGUUUACCUUUAUCACCACCUAAAUUCCUGUCUGUCUUGCAGCAGGAAAGUGGCAAUUAUGGAACUGUAUCAUCACAAAGUCCAGAUGUAAUGGGAUUAUAUAUGAAUAGUCAGACCACCAUCAAUGACUUCUUUAGAUUGUUAUGUUUUUUUGUUUUGUUUUGUCCCCAGAAUUCCCAGUGAGUAUAAAGUUACUCAAGAGCAGGAAUGUGUCAGGAAUCAAGAAUUUAUCAAGUAAGUUAAACACUCCUCAAAGAUAACCAUUAUCAGCCUCCUACAUAUUGCUGAUAAUUUAUGUGUAAUUAUAUGUAUAUUUUUCCUACAGAAUUCCUAGUGACUGUAAAAUUACCAAAGAGCAGGAAUGUGAUAGAAAUCAUAACUUUGCCCAGUAAGUUACACAACGCUUCUGUAGAAAACAGAAAAAACAGCACCUGCCUUUUGCCUCCAUUUCCCAAUAGGACACCAUUCACAGCAACUAAUACGUUGCCCUCACAAAACAAUGCACUGGCCCUCUGCCCCCCACUCCCAAAUCGACACCAUUCACAGCCACUAAUAUGUUGCCCCCACAAAACAAUGCAAUGGCCCUCUGCCCCCCACUCCCAAAUCGACACCAUUCACAGCCACUAAUAUGUUGCCCUCACAAAACAGUGCACUGGCCCUCUGCCCCCCACUCCCAAAUCGACACCAUUCACAGCCACUAAUAUGUUGCCCUCACAAAACAAUGCAAUGGCCCUCUGCCCCCCACUCCCAAAUCGACACCAUUCACAGCCACGAAUAUGUUGCCCUCACAAAACAGUGCACUGGCCCUCUGCACCCCACUCCCAAAUCGACACCAUUCACAGCCACUAAUAUGUUGCCCUCACAAAACAAUGCACUGGCCCUCUGCCCCCCACUCCCAAAUGAAAACCAUUCACAUCCUGAAUUUAUACAAGCCUGAGUGGGAGCUGAGUGUGUAUGCCUAGAUUAAUAGGGAUUAACUUCCACAAAUCCCAGUGGACAAUUAUAAAGUGCAUGUGUGAGUGGCCGCUAUUCAUUCAUGUGCUUUGUACUAUUACUACUGUUAUUAUUAUAUUAAUUUUGUUCCCAGAAUUCCUAGUGAAUAUAAAGGUAAUCAAAUGUGGGAAUGUGAUGGGAAUCAAGACGUUGCUGAGUAAGUUAAAUGAGGGUCCUGCAGAAAGCACCUGAUCGUGUCUGAUGUAAUGUACUCGAAAUUAACAUGAAAUGGGGAGCUGCUGUUUGUGUACAAUGUUUACUUUAUACAAUUUCAGUUUUUUUCUUAGAUUUGGCACUGAUUGAAGAAAUUUUUUUUUUAUAAAUGUUUUUUAUUUAUUUUCUUAUUAAUUGUAUUUUUUUUUUUUAUUCAGAUGUAUGCAUUUAAGGGAGAAUAAAAAUCUGGAGCUUUGCAUUUCUGAGCACGAGGUCAUAUUCUCAAUUACUGCAAAAGGAAUUGUUUUAUCUAGGACAGUGUGUGAAUUUUACAUGAUCUAGCACAAUAGCUUUUGCAAGCAGUGCCAUUGUUUAAUGACCAGUAAUUGGAAUGUGGCAAACUGGCCGUUUUACCUGUGUUUAUCUUUAUUAUCUGUGUUUAUCUUCCCUCACCCCCCCCAGGAAUUCUAACAUGGGCAAUGCUACCAAAGAGUGGAACUCUGAUCAGAAAUAUGACUUUGCCACGUAAGUUAAAUGAGUAUUUAACAUGUUGAAUAGUUUUUUUAAUAUAAGGAACAAUACAAUGCAGCAUACCCGAGGCUUGUAGGAAGACAGGAACAGCUCACAUGUUUAGUAUUAUUGCCAACAGCUUUACAAUUACUGGAAAGUAUGAAUGAGAACUGUUUCUUCAAGCAGAUGGUCUCAUUUUUCUCUUGCAAGAAAUGUGAAGCUGGAUUGACUUUGCAAUUUCAACAACUUCCUGGGUGAAAAGGAUUUCACUGGUAGAGAAUCGGAGCUUGGCAUUUGCUUUAAAAUAACUAUUACCAGAGAUAAAUCUUUUUGUUUUAUUACUUAAUCUGUAGAAUACAAUACAUAUCAGUGGACUUGACACUUCUGCGUCAAUUUCAACACUGAAUGCGAUUUCCAUGGUCUUAAUCCUGCAUCACUGCCUGUGUGUACACUGUGGCGCAGGAAUCUGACAGCCAAUAGGGUGUCCCUUACUGCUAUUUACACCUGUCUCUCUUGCUGUGACAUGAGUUUUGUGCUCUAGAGGGCAUUUAUAGAUUUUCCUAUUCAUUUUUGGUAUUGACCUUUGACCCGUUUGACUAUUCUGCUUUCUGUACUCUUGACUUCGGCCCUGUCUCAUGUUUUGUUGCUUUCUGGAACCCUGACACCAACUUGUGAGUUACCUGCUUGCAAGUAUUCUUAUUACCUUUGCUGUCAUGUACUCUGCCCGGCAAUUCUAAGGGCCGGUAAUACACUGUGUCCUAUUUUCUUUUGUUACUGGACUCAUAUUUGCAUAUGGGGUUAUACCAUUUGUUAAAGAUCGUGACAUUUCAUCUGUAUAUUUUGUUAACCAUCAUGCUUGCAAAUCUGUAGAUGAAAAGUUAUUGCGCAUUAUUCAUCCUACUUAAAGGAACACUAUAGUGUCAGCCAGUAGAGUCAUUCUUACGACUGUAAUGUACACAUUGCAGUUUCUAUAAUUGCAGGACUAAGAGGGACCGGGACAAUGCACCCAGAACACUCCAAUGAGAUGAACUGGUCUGGGUGCCUAUAGUGUUUCUUUAAGCCUACAAUUUAGCUAGUAAUUUGUGGACAAUAUUCUCUGCGAGAGGAUCGAUUUUAAUGGUUUUUAUUUACGCCAGGGAUAGGGAACCUUUGGCCCUCCAGAUGUUUUGGACUACAUCUCCCAUAAUGCUCUUACAGCCAUAAUGCUGACAAAGCAUCAAGGGAGAUGUUGUCAACAUCUGGAGGGUCAAAAGGUUCUCCAUCCCUGAUUUACGCCAUGACAAUAGGAGCCCUACAGUUGAUUUAAGCAUAAGUUCUUGGCAUGAAAAAUCUCAAAGAACCGUUCUUACAGGAUAACCACGCUGCUUACUGGAGAUCAUAUCCAUUCACUAUCACUCUGUGUCUGUCUGCUUUCCAGGCUUGUACAGAUCUUAAAUCCCAGAAUGUCACAUCUGUCAGAUGGAGAAGAUGAAGAAACUGAACAGGUAAUGUUUUUUAUUUUCACCAUUUACAGGAAAAUUCCCACUAAUCAAAUUCUAGACUUAACACAAAGAUGAAAAGGAGAAACGUGCGGGCAAUAACUUCCUAAUUUAAUGAUAUGGCUAUCGGUAAUAUGCUGUUCACGCAGCACUUUAACACCACGUUUAUUUUUAUUUGCUUCAAUGAAAUUGGCAGCAAUUGACAGGUCAUGGAUUAACUGCUUGCAGCCCUACCUGAAAGUCCUUGUAUGAAUCAUUUCUGUUGUUGGGAUGUAGAUGAAGUCUAAUUGUGGGUUUAUACAGUAUGAGGUAAACAUCAGGCUUGCAAAAUCUUUAAUAUAUGAUAGAGUUGACCAACUAAUAGGCCAUUGGACAGAUGUUUUUGCAAGAUGUACUGCAGUACAAUGUGUGUUUGAAAACAAAAUGCAGAAAGUCACUGCAAUUUUGUGCGUGUUUAAUGAAAUGUUGCAGUCUGGGAACAUUGACAGAGAUUGUAAAUAAUGCUGCUGCAUAGAAAUGAUCAAAAUGGAAAUAGCUGUAGUAAUAUUGGUCCCAAAAUUAGAACUAAUAAUGAAUCUAUUUCAAACUGAUUUCCCUUAGCUUAACAAACUGUGUAGAUAUGUGUCCAUUUCUUUGUUUUUCAUUCAGGAGAAGAAGCCAAAUGUUGGAGCACCGCAAUAUUCCAUUUUUGUUCGCAAAUCCAGUAUACCAUGUAGCAGUCUAGAACUGGCACCAUUGUCUCCUGACCUCAAAAAGGUGAUCUGUGCGAGUAAUGUAUUUGUAGAUUUCUAACUACAUCAUCAAAAGACUUGACCAACCAAAGAACAGUAUUUUCACCCCCAAAGUGAAAACCAAAUAUGCUAAAACUGGGGGGCAAACAUUCAAUAUUCCUUUUCUGGUUGGCUAAUGACACCCCAAUGAUGCUGGCGGAGAUGGAGUUAUGCCUCUGACAGCAGAGGGUUAAACUCUGUAUCUUCAGUGUCUCAUAGUGAAACCAGACAGACUCCAGCGAUCACCGAAGAUUUCAUGGUGCUUGGAGUAACCCUUUAAUAAUUUGUUAAUCGUGCAAGUGGUAACUAUGCAUUCUCAAACUGUCUUGGGUGAAGUUGUGGUUUCUUUCAGCUCUCUGUACUGUGUGGUGUAGAGUAGUUGGGUUGUGUUCAUUAAUGGCACAAAAACGGACAUAUUUGUUAUUAAAACUGUUAAAAUAUUACAACAAAAGAUUCUUAGUUGAGACAUGUGAGCACACUAUGGUAAUGCUUUCUCUUGCUGUAACAGCAUUUUUUAAAGUUAAACAAGUCUAAAUUCACAGUGAAUUUCAAAUGUAUGAUCAAAAUAGCCAAAGUGGAAACAUUCUCUAAGUCAGCGAUGCUUUCGGUUUGACUGCUCUGGCCUUAAAUUUGGAAUUCACUUAGAAUUGGCCCUUUACUAAAUUGCCCUGUGUGUUUCAAUUGGGAACGGCGUUGAACUUCAUUUUUGCCUUUUGACAUGAAAAUAUCUUUUUCUAUAGUACUUACCAACUUUGGCAUUAAUUUAAAUCUUAUAACCAUAGAAACAUAACAUUAAAUUAGAAAACGUCACUUUUAUUGCAGAACAUAAAAUUAUCAAUCAAGAAAAAAGAAAAAGCACCCACAGCUAAAUACAAUAUGUACCCAAAACGCGUAGUGUGUGUUUGUGUAUAUAUGAUAGAUAUAUGAUAUUAUAGCAUUAGCACAAUGGAAUUGAACAUUGUGUAACAAAAUAUCAGAAUACGUUGGCCGCUAUUUUUAAAGUUGCAACUCUGUGAGAUUCCAACAGUGUAUCUUCACUCAAAACCUCUUUCCAGCUUUUUUUACUUCACUUGUAAAUAAACUAUUUGGAUAGGGUAAAGCACUUUAUUUUGCCGAGACUUGUUAUUUGCUCCAAAGUUCUUUAGUGACCAAUCUAUAACUUUAAUAUAGAAACAUAAAUGUAUGUGAUUGAUUCAGGAGUCUUAUUGUGUGAGUAAUCGGUUUAUUGUAAUAAUGUGGGUCCAUUCAGGAAAUAUUCAAACUCUGAAUGUUCGUGACUAAAUGGUGCAAACUGGACCUGUGGGAAUAUAAAUUUCAGCUGGUUUGUGCAAGUAAAAUUCCUGUUAACAGAAGAACUUAUCGUUUAACCUGUGGAGCCUACAAGUAAAGUUGAUUCAGAACCGAUUAGUUUUGGUUAUGAUCAACAGGAGUUUUAUUAAGCGGAACCAGCUCUCACUGAGUUUUGCACAAGUCUAGUGUAAACGCCUUCAGAUAAUGUGCAUUGGGAUUAAUCUGGAACUAACUUGUUUUAUGCUGAGAUUUUAGGCUGCUUGAUGAGAUAGAUGCAGUGAGACGUAAACAUUCAAUAAACCUGCUUACUAACUCUAAACACUUAUUACAGGAGCUAAUUAGAAAUUCCUACCAUGGGCCAAGUGUCCCUGAAUCCUACUGUUGGCCGGCAAUAUCACAGGGAGUUGACACCAUUGUCAUAUCACCUGAUGGAAAGAAUCCGAUGAUGUUUCUCCCUCCUCUCCUAACAUUCCUACACUUUUCUUCAAGGCUUUACAAAUUACUGCCUACCAGGAAUGGGGUGAGAUGCUAUUUUUAACUGUAUAGUUGUGUUUAAAAGACUCAUAAGUCUUUAUACUGUAUUGGAAAAGAAGCAAACAUUUAAAUUACUCACCUGUAUUUCCUAAGCAGGAAACAUAAAGAUCUCUCUGUUUUAUCACUCCCCAUUGUUUAUAUUGAGGCUGCUGUUAAAGGAUCACUAAAGGGUCAGGAACACAAACAAGUAUUCCUGACCCUAUAGUGUUAAAACCACCAUCUAGCCCCCCUGGUUCCCUGAUGCCUCCAUAAAUAUAGUAAAAAAUCUUACUGUAUUCAAGCCUGAAGCUGUAAAUCUGCAUGCUGUUAGACUCAGAAAAACAAGCAGUCAGCUGACAUGUGGUAGCCUGAUCCAAUCACAGCGCUUCCCCAUAGGAUUGGCUGAGACUGACAAAGAGGCAGAUCAGGGGCAGAGCCAGCAUGAUUCAAACACAUCCCUGGCCAAUCAGCAUCUCCUCAUAGAGACGAAUUGAAUCAAUUAAUCUCUAUGAGUAAAGUUCAGUGUCUGCAUGCAGAGGGGGGAGAUACUGAAUCACAGCAUGCUGUGCACAGUGCUGCCCUGCGCUCUGCUGACAUCUGAGAUAUUAUGCCUCCAUCAACUCCGAAGUCCCUCUGGUUCACUCUGAGUGACUGCAACUGGAGGUGUUCCUAGCUUUCAAUGUAAACACUGUAUUUUCUUGGAAAAUACAGUGUUUACAUGAGAGAGGCUAUAGUUCUCACCUAAACAACUUCAUUAAGCUGAAGUUGUUCAGGUGACUAUAGUGUCCCUUUAAAUACUUAUGUUGUUAUAUACACCCUUACCCUCAAUUACAAGCAACAAAAUGCAGACAAAGAUUGAUGGGGACAUUUAAACAAAUCAGAUUUGUGAUGUUCUUUCUGCUCAUGGUAUUGUUUUUUUUGUUAGAAAAUUGUAUUCAAAUCCUUGUAGGUGUUACAUUUUUAUAGUUGUGUUAGUAUUGAUAAUUAUAUCGGGGCUGUGAUUUCUGGAACAUAAGCAUUUUAUGUGAGUACAGCAUUCCUGCUAACAGUGGGAGAUUUGCAAUUGGAAUGGGCUUGGCGGGACCUUGACAUUACCUGUGUUACUGGCAAUACCAAUACUCAGUGACAGGCAGUCUGACCAGCCCCCAUCCUUCAGAAACACGCAGGGAGAUGCACUCGCACUGUGCGGCUCAGAGAUAGUUUCCUCAUGUCCCCAGAUGCAGGAUACUGAAAGCAGGACUGUAAGGAGACCUAGUAUAGCUCUCUUUCACUGAUCAGAGCAUGCUAGUGGAGUAGGAAAGUAUUGAAACGGUGGGACUGUAAUAACAUCAAUAGUUAGCUGCCCAUCAUCAGCCGUGAACAUGUCAAUAAAUAUUGGGUAUGUUAUUGUAAUUUUCCAACUUAUCUCUUUGGAAAGCGCCGCAUGCAGUGAAACCUUUGCAAUAAAAGGGUCCAAUUCUCACAAAGAAAGACAUUGGUGGAAAUCAUUAGUUUUGUUGCCAUGUAGUGAGUGUAUAGUCUGUUUGUGGGGCCAUGCUAUGGACAUAGUCCAUGUAAGUACAUGAAGGAAGAGAUUUCCUCCACUUACAUUCACAGAAGUAUAUAAUGUGUUCCUCUUUCAGCCUCUUGCAGUGCUUCUUUGCUCCAGCUGGAAGAGAGCACAGGCUGUUUAUGAUCUACUUGUAAAGUACAGUAAAUUUAUCCGUCCUGUGAACCCCAUGCUGCUAUUGGUCGGCCAGAAGAAGGAGGAAAUCGAAAACCUUACCAUACGAAAGGGAUGUAAGUAACAUAGGAAUAAGUAAGGAACUUUGGGUCAUCAUGCUGAGCUUGUUCAUACUUAUAAAGCUGCAAUAAUUUGCAUACUCUGCUGGAGCAUGGUGUUCUUAUCUUUUUUACUUUUUUCAUUUUGUUUUGUAAUGGUUUUGUGAUUGUUCUUGUGUUUGUUUGAAGCAUAUGAUGAAUCAGAAUCUGAGGGUGAUUUUCUUGUAUUGACAGUUCUCAUAUUACCAUACUAGCAACAGAAAAUCCUCAAUUUAUUGCUCUCCUAUUCUGCCCUGGCUUGUAGGUGAAGUGAUUGUGACUACCCCGCAUGGCCUGUUGCGAUAUUUGGAGCACCAUGGCUUACUGCUACUAAGGAUGUGCCAUCUUGUUUUAGAUCAGGUCAACAUGCUCUUUUCCAAUUCGGGGCAACAAGUACGUUUGGAUAUUUUCCCUCUUCCUUUGUACAUCUGAUAUUACUGUGACUGAUGGGUGGUAUGAUAUGUCAGGAAAGCUUGUUUUGGUAGAAUAGCUGCACCAGUAAUUUCUGAAGGGGGGGGGGGGGUGCAAACCACUUUACUUACAGAUGGUGUGGCUGGAGUCUUGUAUGAAUGCCACAUUUGUAGUGUUUACCAUUGUAUUGACUGCAUACCUGUAAAUACAUUCCCACAUUACUAAUAAAAAGAGUCUAACCCCAUUGCUGCUAGAGGUGUAACUCAUUAUUGCUGUGAAACACAGCACAUUUGACAGGAAUGUUUAAGCAGUUAUGGCUGUCCAUGUAGAGAGAGAGAAACUAUUUUGGGGGGUUGCACAUCACGAACAUGCAUUAUUAGUGGACACUCCAGUCACCAAAACAACUCUGCAUUCACAAAACUGGCUUGGAAAGAAAUGUUCCUUUUAAAAGCCAGUUUUGUUAAUGCUCAACCAAUCAAUGGCGCUCCUGCUCAUCUGCACUCUGCGCUUCCUGAAAGUGAAAUUUAAGAAGCUGGAGGCUGCCUGGAGGGGGAGUGGUGAUAUCCACUGGAGGCAACUUUGAAAGCAUUUGAUAACGGUUUAACCCAUUGAGGUAAGAGUGCCUCCUAUAACCGUAACAACUCAUUUAGAUGAAUUUGUUUUGGUGCCUGGAGUGUCCCUUUAAUAGUGGAGCUGCAGCUUGAAAUAGUCAAAGUUUAUAGAUCAUACCGAAGUAUGGCUCAGCGCACACACAGAGAUGUUGAAAUGCUGUUUCUGGAAUAGUCACACGCAGACGAUAUUUUAUAACCCCCUCACACUGUGCAUUGAUAAUGGUCUAGAAUGUGACUGUUCUCUGUGGGACACCUUUUGUAGAUAAUAUGUUCACGUUAACCUAAUCACAACCAUCACGUGCCUUUAACCACUACGGAUUGCUGCAUAACGUGUUUUUAUACUGUCGAUUGGAAUUUACUUUAUUUCCUUGAAUUUCAUCCUGUGUGGUUCAAUCGUGUAGCUUCUUUAACAUUUAGUCUGCUGACCUGUUAAUCCUUUUUCUUCAGAUAAUAACAAUAUUAGAAAAUUUUAAGAAGACGGUUGCUAUUGAGAACCGGGAGAGCACACCACAACAGGUUGUGGCCACUGGGACACACUGGCACAAAGACAUGGACCCUCUGUUACACUGGUUAACGGACCCCCAGGUCAUAAUUACCAAAAUGGAUCAAGCCGCACUGUAUGGGAAUGUGCAGCAGGUACAAUAAAUAUCUGGGAACGUGUGGAGCCAUCAUAUAUAAAGUAGACCUGUAAAUAGACUGCAUUCUCUGGUCGUCUGGAUAGCCAAGACAGAGUGUGCAGGUCCUUCACCAGACAAGGAGAAAAUGUCACAUCAGCAAAUAGUUAAUUCUAUACGUGGUUCAGGAACCGCAAUGUGUUACAUUGUCUGAGAACUAUGCAUGAAAACGGCUACAUUGAGAUGUGUCCUUUUAAUUCACCAGGGAUUUAAUACAAUCAAAGCUGCUGGCUGAAGUGCCUAUUCUUGGCAUCUACAACUCAAUCAUCACUUAAUAAAUGUUAACUAGAAAUAGUCAUAUUAAGAUAUUAAAAAGUCUUAACAUCGUAAAUAUAAGAAAAUAAAGUAUUAAUCUGCAAAUAUAUCUUUUAUUGGGGAUGUAUGGACAAGCAGUUGCUUUGAUAUGGUGUAGGUAAAAUAAGGCACACCCCUGUGGGAUAUGAACUUAUGAGUCAGGCCUUUAUAAGCUUCACAAGGGCGGUAUGAUUUAGUUGUCCUCGUUGUGUAUGCUUUUGUCUAUGUUAUGGUUUAGCCAAUUAUAAUCCCCCUUUUCUCCCUCCAAUAAAAAAUGUUUCCUUGGUUUAAAACAGGGGUAGGCAACUUUCUUUUUUUGUAAAUAUCGUUUUAUUGAAGUUUUGUUUAGUAUUCAACAAGCAUUUAGUCUGCGUGCAGUGUGAAACACGCAGGUUUCCAAUAUGUGAAGCAGCAUUCAGCAUUUUGAGAUGCGCAGAUCUCUAGUGGAGCGGCAAUAGGGUCUCUUAGGCAAGGUGAGUAUCAUAUUUAUGACAGUCAGUUGCAGAUUUGUAGGUCACCCUUACUCAGUUCAAGGUAUUUGUCAGUAGUAUGUUGUCUUUCGAGUUGGCUGUGUGCGGUUGUUAUGCGGUUUCUCGCUCACCUGAUAACCCAGGGUUCUGUGAUGAAUUUUACUGUUUUUCUGGUCUUAUGGGUUAGCAGUACAGUUCGUUCUGUCGUGGGUAGGCAACUUUCGACUCUCUACUGGAGUGCCAAAGUUUGCCUACUGAUGGUCUAAAAUAUGUGAACCUGUUGUUGUAGAACCAAUUUUUUUGUUGAAAUAAGAUUUGUCUAAUUUGGUUGUCUAUGUUCCUUAGGUUAUCCAGCUUUGCUUAGACUGUGAAAAAGCAGAGGUAUUGCUACGUACAUUGGAUUUCACACCAGAAAAUGCGCAGAAGAUUUUAAUAUUCACAAAGUCUGAUGAAGAAGCUGAAUUGGUUCACAAUGUAAGUAUCGUACAUUCAAUGUAUGCUGGAGCCUGAGCAAUGGACGUACUUUGCGUAUAUAUCUUCCUAGUUAAUAAUGUGUAGCGCAUUGUGUUGUGCCACAAUUUGCCAAGUAGGAUAUUGCAGAUUCAUGCUCAUCCGAAUGAGUAAUAAAAUUGGCUGUCACAGUAUGCUUAAUGUGACCUGCGUGUUUGUGAAUUGUACUAGGGAUACAAACCGUUAAUUGGUGGCUUUUUCCUUGUUACCUAGUUUAGUUGAAGAAAGGCCCUGGAAUUCCAAAUACAUUCUAAAACAACGUUGUUUUUUGUUUGUUUUGUUUUUAGGUUGUUAAAAAUAAUUCCAUUUUCAGUCUGUUGAUAAAUAAAAAAUUAGCUCAAAAUUUCAUCUAUGUGCUGGAGCAGUGGAAUAAAUUAUACAGCCGUGGAACGCAUGUUGUCUUGGGUAAGCUGAGCUUGUUAUCUAUCUGGUGUGUUUGUGCUCAUACUAGUAUAUGUCUCUGUUUGUGCAGUGAUAUGUGCACAGGUACUUCAUGUACAUGUGCUAUGUGUGGCAAUACAUUUGCGUACUGUGAUGUGUGUGUAUACGGAGUAGACAUGAACGUACUUGUUAUUUAAUAAAAUACUUUAAAUGAUAUGAAUGAUAAUGGUGUAUUCUUUAUCUUCAUCGCUGAAAAUCCACUCUCCUUUUACCUAUUAUUGAGAAAUACUACAUUCUGUUUUGAUUCACAGUUAUCACGGAUGAUUACGUCCCUUUCUUUGAUAUAACGGAUGCUACAUGCAUAAUUCAUUUCAAUUUCCCUGAAAAUCCCAAUCUGUUUGGUCUGCGUUUGUUUUCCCUCUUUAAUUAUAUUCAUAGUAAAUUUGAAAAGGUAUUUUACUUUUAUUCAUUUAUGGAAAUGUCAAAUUCUGUUUUAAAUCUGCUCAAAUUGCUGUCAUUCCAAUCAGUUCUUGGCACUUUGCAAAUUUUGUCUAUAUUAUGGUUAGUGUACCAUGAUCAGGUUGGAGGGGUGUAACAUACUAAAGUAGGAUGGCGUCCAGGUCUGGUAUCUGAUUGGUUAUAGGGCUAAUGUAGGCCUAGUAAUACUAGGGAAAGAUGUUAAGAGAUGGAAAUAUUACAGGUUAAGAGUGCCUCCAUUCUACUAGGUCAGUGGUUCCCAACCCAGUCCUCAAGCACCCCCUAACAGGUCAGGAUUUAGGGGUUACCUAGUUGUGUCUAAGACAAGUUUUAAGAAGACAAUAAAAAAAACACUUUAGAUUCAACAGGGUAAUCGCUAAAUCCUGGACUGGUAGUAAGUUCUAUGGAUAUUUGUUUCCUGUUCACAAAGAGGGCAGAUGCAAGGAUUGUUUGGCUACACAGGCGUAAGUGCAUUUUUUCACCCCCCAAAAUGUGUCUCUCUGAACCCCCUUGUGUCUCUUCCCCCUUGUUCCUUUGUGUGUCUCUUCCCCCUAGUCCCUUUGUGUGUCUCUUCCCCCUAGUCACUUUGUGUGCUUCUCCCAUCCCAGCCCCUUUGUGUGCUUCUCCCACCCCAGCCCCUUUGCGUGCUUCUCCCACCCCUUUGUGUUCUUCUUCCCUCCGAGCCUCUUUGCAUGCCUCUUUCCCCACGAGCCUCUUGGUGUUUCUCCCCCCGAGCCUCUUAGCGUGCUUUUCCCUCCCCCCCCGAGCCCCUUCGCGUGCUUAUGCCCCCCCUAAGGCCCUUUGCGUGCUUCUCCCCCCAACGAGCCCCUUUGUGUGCUCCCCCCGGCCCCCCGCUCAUUUGUGUUUUUUUUCCCCCACCCAGCCUCUUUUGUGUGUCAUAUCCUCAUCCAGCCUCUCUUGUGUGUCUCUUCCAAUCAAGCUCCUUGUCUUUUUCUCCCCAGCCCGUCUCUGAGUUUCGUUAAAUAUAGUAAAUCAGAACACGUCUCAGGUACAAUAGACCACACUAUAAGGCAAUGUUCUGAAGGUGGAUUCUAGGUCAUUCUGGGUAAAAGUGUGAGCUGAGAUUGGGCAGUAUGCAUCUAUCAUGACACCGUAAUGAAGCACAUCUUUACAACACGUAGUGUAGCAACGCUAAAAGGGCGCAGAUCGGGCAGGUAACCUUAAACCAGAGGAAUUGUAGCACAUUGCUGACCAUAAGGCACUCGAAAGAUUUCAUUAUUUUUAAAUAACAUUUUUUUUUUUUUUUUUUUUUGCUUUUUCGGUCAGUGAUUGCUAAGAUUUGCACCCCAGUUGUUUCUAAAAUAAUUUAUUGUAGUAGCUGACAUAAUGGGAACAGCUGCUCAGACAUAUUCUGGGCACCAUAGUUAGCCCAUAUCUGUUCUAUUUGAACAUGAUUACCAGAACGAGUCGUGUAACAAAAUAUUCUAUGUACUGAAGGUUGUUUACAAUUAUCUAAAAACCAUUCUGUAUGCUGCAGGUUACUUUGGGGGAAGCAGAUUAUCUAAAAGCCAGAUCGGUUUUGAUAUUAACUGAGAAGCAGGUUCACUAUGCAGUGUAUAUACUGCGUUACUUAGAGCGCACACGGGCUCAGAUCCCCCCCGAGCUCCGUGAUCUCACCCAGGCCAUCUUACAGGACGAGGAACAGAGAAAAUCCAGCAGACAGAUUUGCCAAUAUGUCAAAGCUUUUGGUUCCUGCAGGUGAGGAAAUGACAUUGCUUGUGUUUUAAAGAAUAUGCAUUCCACAUUUAAAGGGAAACUCCAGUGCCAGGAAAACAAUCCUUUUUCCUGGCACUGCAGAUCCCCUCCCACCUCCCAACCCCCGGUUGCUGAAGGUUGGAGGGAAAACCCCUUCAGGUCACUUACCGGAGACCUCGCCGAUGUCCCUCGGCGGUGGUUUCUGCUCGCCGCCACUCCUCCCAGUCUUUACGCCGGCCGGUGGGCGAGACUGAUUCCGCCCACCGGCCGGGGAGAACUAAUGCAUGUUAGAGCUUCACAUAGGAAAGCAUGUCUUCAGAUCGGGGUAUUUAAUGUGCAUGUGCGCAUUAGGUCCCCAUCCCAUGAGGCUGUCCAGCGCCAUUUAAGGGAGUCGGGUUCCUCUAAAAUCCAGAAACUGCCUCUAGUGACUGUCUGAUAGAGGCAGUCUUAGUCAUGCAAGGUAAUUAUUGCAGUUUCUCUAAAACUGCAGUGUUUACAUUGCAGGGUUAAGGAGAACAGGGACAGUGCACCCAGACCACUUCAAUGAAAUGAAGUGAUCUGUGUGACUAUAAUGUCUCUUUAAUGUUAAAUGUAUAUUUAAAAGGUGGCAGUUCUAUGUUUUUUUGUUACAGGAAUAUAUGAAGAAUUUCUCUACCACACACAUGCAGCAAAUUCUACUGUAGGUUUUUCCCAUUUAAAUUUUUUUUUUGGUUACUUUUAAAGGCCAUGAUUUGUUUCAAACAUACUUUGACGUCUCUUUAUCAGUUUUGGAGACCUGUGUAUCAUUUUAUAUUCUAAACUCCCUUUAUUGGUAUUGACUAUAUAAAAGCGUUUAAAAAUCAUAUUAAGAGAGCCUAAAAACAUCCAAUAAUUGGUCAAAUGAUAAAAUGCUUGUAUAAAUCUUUAAUAUGCCUGAAUCAUUUACUGUAAAUCAGUUCUGUUUCUGUGUGGCUUUGUUUGGGAUUCUAGGAAUGAAAGUAGGAAGGAAGCCAGCAUGGAGUAGAAAGGGUGAAUGCUAAUGGUUUUUUUUUCUUCUCUUCCAGUAAAGACCAGUUUACUUGCCCUGAUCGUCAUCACAUUAUUCCCAGAGUGGAUCUCCUAGAUGGAGCUUUGUGUUAUCCAGCACCAGCCCAGUACAUAUCUGUAAGAAGGAACCCAUUUAUUGUUGGUUAUUGGUGGGGGCAAGCCUGUGUCCUUACAGUAAAGCGCAAUUCAGGGGGAAAUUAAUUGCAACUAGGGCAUUUUUCUCCUAAUAUGUGCUUUUGUAUUAUGCAUCAUUUACACUGUCUUUUAUUAUUGAUAUGUUAAUUUAUUUAUUAGAUUCUUUAUUUAUAUCAGGUGAUAUACAAAGCAGUGGUUCAACAUUGGAAUAUAGCAUGACUCAAGAAACAAUUUAGUAUAGAAACAAAAUUUCAAGUAAGAUAUAUAUAUAUAUAUAUCCUGUUUUUUUGUGUGUGGUUUGUAUUUUUUUGUCCAUCUUUCUUUUAUUGAGGGAGAUGAGCGAGAGAAAUACAAGAUAGGAAUAUCACAUCAUGGUGUAACAUCUCUUAGACAUGACAGCACCAUUUUAUAUUAAUUGAGUAAAAUAGGAACAUGUUAAACUGUUGUGUCAUGACUAUGAACAGAUGUAGAGAAGUUAAUGCAUACGGUAAUAUAGUAAAAUCACAGUUGGCUUAUAUACUUCUAUAUAAUCCGUCUCGCUUUUUUUUUUGUGAUGUAAAUUAAUCUGGCUAGUCUAACUAGGCACAACAAGCUAUACUACAUAGUAAUGCUUAACAAAUAACAGGUAGUUCUGCACAGUUUAAAGUGUAGAUUAAAGGGUUAGACUUACACAGUACAAUUUAAGUGACAAAGUAAGCUAUGUGAUUGCAUGCUCUUUGUACUGUGAAUUGGUAUUGUACUGCAUUUAGUGAAUCGAUAUAGGCAAGAUUAAAUGUCAGGCAUGUUAUGCAUUAUAAAAGAAGGUGUAUGAGAUCAGGAAAAAUUAGGCUGAUAAGCUAAGGAUCUUAAAAUCAGGUUAAAAACAUGCUAGGUUAACCACCAUCUCCCUGGAGCCUGUCAGAAUUACACUAUGCAAAAAGACUACAAAAAGAGUGUGUCUGCCAGGUGGGAGCCCAAUAGAGAGUAAUCAGCUUGGACAGUUCAGAUUGGGCUCUAGGCUGGGAGCGUUGUCUAGCGGGACUGCGGGAUAGAGAGUCAACAGUCAGCCGAUACCCCUGCUGGGUAUGGUGGCACCUUGGGCCGGGAGAGUCUACUGGAGGACAGUGAGCUGAAGGUAUAUAGAGGCUGCCCUCCAGCCCCAGGUCGGUAUGAAGGCCAGCACCUGCGGUCCACAGACUCGGUAUCUCGUUGAGGCCGGGUCGUCCCUCUGUCUGGCGCCAUGGAGAGCUUGGAUGUUCUGCCACCGCCAGCGAUGGUUGGGCUUCCGAUGGUGUGGUCGUUGCCAUGGAGGCUUUCUCUGACUGGUUUUCGGCCUGGGAAGGCGUUAAGGACGGAUAGUGUUAACUGCUCUAUGGGGUUCGCCCUGUGGGGACCUCUCCCAGCUCCUUUCUUCAUCCCCCUGCACCACUCUCUCAAGAUUAGGCUGUUGUUUGCUGCGGUGCUCCAAUCGUUCCCAAAAAACUUUUCUAACAUUCUGUCCAGUUGCUCAAUGUAGUGCUCCACCGGGUUGUUGCCCUGGCCGCUAUGGUGUGUUAGCGCAGGCUUCUGCCAUUGGGACGCGGACACCAUCUUGAGUGGCCUGCUGGCCGUGUCACUCUGGCUGUAGGGUGUUUCCGAAGCUUGUUUAGCAGUUUGCCCUGGGUUGGUUGGGACCGUGAUAACCCCCACCGGUCCAAAGGGGGAGGAAACGGGGGCCCGUGCCUCUGAAACUGCUAUGUUUACUGAAAAAAGGGUUGUGACGUGGUGUGGACGUGAGAGAGAGGCCUUGUCUCCCGCAGCUUCCCUGCUUGUCACGCUGUGGACCAGGCCGCACUGCUGGGCUCCGGUUUCUGCAGGUGGAAAUUCAAGAUUCGGGUACCGAUUUGUGCCGCUUCGAUUGCAGGUCAGCCCCCCCAUCUCAGAUAAAUUGUACCUGGCAUGGUAAGUCACUGUUAGGGCUUAGAUUGUACCCAUUGCUACCAGAGCUAUUAGCAAGUGCGUCCGGCCAUCUUGGCUGUCAGGCCCCGCCCCUGGUUUUUUUGUUUUUUUAAUAACAUAAAUAUGAAAAACUUUGUACAAAGAGGCAAUUAGAGGGCUUUACUUGGAUAGGUACUUCUAACCAAAGGGAGCAAAGGGGUGUGGGCGGGGAGGUGAUAAAAUGUUAAUCUGUAAAGGUGAUCAGUGGUAACGUGGGUUUAAGCAACAAGGAGCCUGAUAUUAAACUCUACCAGCCAAAGCUAAAGUAGAAAUAAAGAUAAAUUUAAAGGGACACUCCAGGCACCCAGACCACUUCUGCCCAUUGGAGUGGUCUGGGUGCCAACUCCCACUACCCAUAAACUGCAAUAUUUACCUGGCAGGGUUAAGUCCUCCUCUAGUGGCUGUCUACUAGACAGCCACUAGAGUACACUUCCAUGUUCGUAGAAUACAAAAUGUGCCGCCCAUGCGCAUUAUGUCCCCCCGGCCGCCCAUGCGCAAUAGGACGUCAGCCAGCGGGGGAGGAGUGUGGGCGGACCCUGACUCAGCGCCGAGGGACAUCGACACUGAGUAAGUCACUGAAGGGGUUUUAACCCCUUCAGCAACUUGGGGUGGGAGGAAGAGGGGUCCUGAAGUUUCCUGGCACUGGAGAGUCCCUUUGAGUACAUUUGAUUUUAUUUUAUUUUUUAAAAACCCUCCUUUCUUUAAAGGACCACUAUAGUGCCCUGAGGGAUCCCCCUCCCGCCGACCUCUGGGGGGAGGAAGGGGUUAAACUUACCUCUUUCUCCAGCGCCGGGCAGGGAGCUCUCCUCCUCCUCGGCUGAAUAUGCAUUCGCGGCAAGAGCCGCACGCGCAUUCAGCCAGUCUCAUAGGAAAGAAUUCACAAUGCUUUCCUAUGGACGCUGGCGUCUUCUCACUAUGAAAAUCACAGUGAGAAGCACGCAAGCGCCUCUAGCAGCUGUCAGUGAGACAGCCACUAGAGGCUGGAUUAACCCAUAGGUAAACAUAGCAGUUUCUCUGAAACUGCUGUGUGUACUGCAAAAAUCAUUAAACCUAGCUGGACCUGGCACCCAGACCACUUCAUUAAGCUGAAGUGGUCUAGGUGCCUAUAGUGGUCCUUAAAAAAAAAAAAAAGAGUUGCACCUGCGCUUGAGUUAAUGCAGCGCCGAUGGGUGGUAAGGAAAUGUUACCAUCAAAAAAAGAUACAUAAGUGGGCGGUAGGUAUUAAAAGAUUGACUACCCCUGCAUUAACCAAAGCACAAAUACAUUUGUAUGUGUUUUCUACUUACAGGUGAUACCUUUAGGUAUUGUGGAUGCUACUCGCUUCUUUGGGCGCAUAGUAACGAAAGAAGGCGCAUAUGAGAAACUUGUCGAAGAACUGGCUGAGUAUUAUUCCUUCGACAGUAACAAAAUGACCGACCAAAAUGUGGAGAAUUCAGGCCUGUAUGCACUGCAGGAGGGAUCUGUCUACCACAGGUAAGUGUACAGUAAAGCAUAGGACUGUCCUGUGUUCAGUCAGGUCUUUAAUAGCGCCCAGUGCUUCUCACAAGAAUCAACUAUAUACAAUAUACACGUGUUCACAGGCAUAAUGCACACAUCUUAAGGUUCAUCCAAGAGACAUUAUAGUACUGAAAAGAAGUGUGUACCCUCAUACCAAAUUAAAUAUAACAUUGGGAAAAUACUAAAUAAAAAUUAUAACAUUUUCCCUAUAUAUGCACAGAGAGCUUAAACAUAAUCUACUGAUCUAAUGAAAUGCAAAGAUCUAUAUACAGUCAAACUACCUUGUUGUCAAACAUUGUAUGGAACCCUAUAAUGGUGUUUAUAUUAAAGGUCUACUGCAAUCACCAUGACCGGUCCAGUGAUUUGAAGUAUUCAUGGUGCCUGAAAUCUGUAAGUGAAGCAUUUCACUAUGAGACGCUGCACAUACUGUGUUUAUCCCCUUUACUGCUCGAGGUGUAACUACACCUCCAGUAGCGUGAUUUGGGCGUUAUCAGCUAGGCCUGGUGUAAUUAUCCAGAUGGCUAAUGUCAAUUCUGUGCAUAUUUCUAUACACCGAGGGGCAUUAAUUGGCUAAGAGAGAUUAGCUGACACUCUCAGCCAAUGAAUGCCCGGCAGGAUCGGCAUCCGUCUUCUGCAAAUCUGGGUAAGCCAGAUGUUCCAAUCCUGAUACAGUGUUAACCGGCGGGGAAACCGUUAAGACAAAAUGUUGUAAAAUAAUUUGCCCCAUUAUCAGAGAACAGCACCAGAGGAGAAAUAAGAGGGGCUAAGAUUGUUCAGUGCUUUAUAGGUAUGGGUUAGCACUUUGAAUUGACUGCUAUAGGAUACAGGAAGCCAAUGUAAGGACUGGCAGAGGGGUGAGGUGUGAGAGGACCGACUAGAGAGGAAAAUCAGUCUGGCAGCAGAAUUCAUUACAGACUGUAGCGGGGCAAUACGGCUAUUGGGAAGACCAAUUUGGAGAGAGUUACAGUAGUUCAUGCGAGAGAUUACUAGCGCAUUGACAAGCUCCUUAGUAGCAUCUUUUGUAAGAAAGGGGCGGGUGCAGGCAAUGUUUUUAAGGUGGGAUUGGCAUGAUUUGACAACAGACUGGAUGUGAGGCUCAAAGGUGAGGCCAGGAUCAAAAGUAACACCAAGUUAUUUCUGAUAUGGGCCAUAAAAUGUCAAUUCCUACAUAUGUAUCAUGUAGAAAAUGUAGCACUUUGUUUUGCAGAUUUUUAUUUGCUUUCUGCUCAUUAUGUCUAACCUGUCAAUUGUGUAAAUAUAGCAAUUUGCAUUGUUCUCUGAUACACAGCUUCCAUUUCGUUUCCUCAAAGGGUCCAAGUCCUGCACAGCACACAGCAGGACGGUAUAUUAACUGCUCGUGUAAAAUACAUUGAUCAUGGAAAAACCAGUGAGGUCCACUGUCGCCAGUUAUUACAUCUCCCUCUGAGUGUCCAGAAUAUCCCACCCCAGGCUGCAGAAUUCAUUGUUUGCCGAGUUAAACCGAUUGACAAUGAAACUGAAUGGGAUCCUAAAGUAAGCAAUCCAUUUCUUUAAUGUAAGAGAUAUUUUACUGACUGGAAAAAGAAUCGAUAGGUGUGGGAAUUGUCUCCUCUACCAUUCUUAUUACUCGAUGCUUGCCUCAGGUCAUGGUGGCUUUGUAGAUACAUAUAAAGAAUGUUGUUUAGAUAUAUAUCAUAAUCCUAGUAUACAUUUGGGAUUUAGUGUUUGCUCUUCUUUUUUUUUAUUCUUUAUUUUUGUUGUGCUCAGUAGAGCAGUCAAGCGUGCAGUGCCACAGCAACAGUUACAAACAUAUCGGGAUACACAUUAGGACCGUUACAAACAUAUCGGGAUUCACAUUAGGACCGUUACAAACAUAUCGGGAUACACAUUAGGACAGUUACAAACCUAUCGGGAUACACAUUAGGACCGUUACAAACAUAUCGGGAUACACAUUAGGACAGUUACAAACAUAUCCGGAUACACAUUAGGACAUAUUGUGGCCCAGAAUCUCUUAAACAGGAGAUCCAGUUUAGUCUGGGUGUGGCAGUUUGGGCCUCAGCUGGAUCUCCGGUCGUGAUCACUGCCAUCUUGGAAGCCACGCAGUGGUCCCAGGCAGUACUGUCCCUGUUGCCAAGAGUGUUGGUGGGAGACCUCUUGGGACCAGGAUGACUGACGCAAUGCAGAUUUCCGCUCCGAAUGUCAGGAUGUGGCGUCUGGAAAGCAGCCGUCCCUCCGAUGCCUGACAGGCUUAAAGGCCGCAGCAAAUGAGGGAAGUGUAUUCCAGUUCAGGAAAGUACUGAGUCCGGUACUGACCGAGUCACCUGAUUCCCCACUAUGCGGUGAGUAACAUCUUGGAGCAGAAAUAAAUCUUAGUAAGCAGGUGUUGCUCGGGAGCACGCCUUGCAUGUGUCCACUCUGCUUGUCAGUCAGGCUUCGGCCCCGUGUUAUGUCAUAAACAAGUGAUCCACUCGAGUAAACCAUUAAAUAAGCAUGACGGGUGUCCUUUCAACAUAUGACUAAUGUGUUAAAUGGUCUGUAACCUCUUUACAUCGUAGCUUGCUAAUAGCCGCUAUGUUUAUCAGCCGUAUGAAUCGCAAUGUUUUCUGGUAUAACCACCGCCCUCUGCAGAGGCAAUAAGAGGUAUACUACACUGUUCUUAUAAGUUGGAUGGUGAUAACCGCUUCUGUCAGAGGAAUGCAACCCGAGCCCUCUCCAAGGGGCACUGUAUAGAAAUGUAGAACGUUUAACAUUUUAAUACUUUCAGGGCUAUUCACUAAAUUUGCAAAUGGCAGUCAAAAUAGCCACACUAACAGAAUGAUUAAGUUGGAGAAUUGCUCCUUUUUGGCAUACAAUAUCAAAUUGUCAAGUCAGACUUUUUAUUUUCUUUCUUUCUUCAGUUUGUUGAAUAACUUUGUGUGUGUGUGAGUCUGUCUGCCUGCCUAACAACAUUUUGCAAAUAUUAGAGGAAAAAAUGUGCUUAACCGUUGAUGCCGAAUUGUAUUUUUGUUGGUUAUAAGUGCCUGUGCUUCCAUCUUUUUAAAGGAGCACCUCUGCUAAAAUAUCAUAAUAAAUUCGAUUUUUAAAAAUCAAUAUUAUGUUUCAAUAACAAAGCUACAGAAAGUUUAGUUGUGUUUAUCACUUGAAGAUCUGUCAGCAUAGGAUUGGUUUACCUCCUCCAGUUACAGAGAAACCUGUCACAUCCACCGCCAAUCAGAGCCUGUGAUUUCCAGGACAGACUGAUAGAGGAUGAGUGUGACAGUGCAAGAGAAGGUAAGUCUGAAAUGAGGAUUGAGUUGGGUUAAUGAGAUAGGGUAAGUGUGGCAAAGCAAGGGCAGGUGAGUUUGGUAUGGUUGGAGUGGGUGAGAGUGACAGGAUUAGGAGGGUUUUGGGCGAGUUUGGCUGGGCGUAGGGGGAGACAGUGUGUGGGGACUGAAAGUGUUUGGGAAUGGUGACAGUGUAUGUGAAGGGGACGUCCGUGUGUGUGGUAAUGAUAGGGUAUGGGUGGGGGAUGACCAGGUGUGCGGAGGAAGGCUGUGACAGCGUGUGUGUGCUGGGGGCUGUGUUAGGGUGCGGGGGUGGGGGGCGGUGAGGAAGUGAUAGGGUGGAUGUGGGGUGACAGGGUGGGGAAGCUGUGACAUAGUUGGGGGAGCUCUGACAGGGCAGGAGUGGUAGGGGUGGUAUGACAGGGUAGGGGUCUGUGAAAGAGUAGGUGGUGGUGGGGGACUGUGACAGGGUAGGAGGUGGGGAGCUGUGACAGGGAAGGGGUAGUAGAGGCCUGUGACAGGGCAGAGGUGGUAGAGGGGAUAGGGCGUGGAGUGGUAGGGGGGCUGGGGCAGGAGCUGGUAGGGGGACAGAGGGGGGCUGUGAGGGGGUGGGGUCGGGAGCGGAGACUGUGACAGGGCAUGGGAUCAUAAAUACCUUUAUUAUAAACUGAUUCCUUGGUGAGCAGGCUGUAUCCCUGGUGGUCCGGUGGGCUCCUUAUCCGGUCUGCAGCUCCGCCGGGUGCAGAGCUACAGACCACGUGCUAAGUCUCGCAAUCUCCAGUCAGAGCAUUGCCGUGUUAACCUACGGCAACGCUCUGAUUGGCUCAGAUCGCAAGACGUCUAAGUUUGCAGCUCUGCACCCAGCAGAGCUGCAGACUAGAGGCGGCUAUCUCCCAGGCAGGCGGUGUGGAGGGUCCGCUGGGCCCUCUCCUGCGUUGGGCCCUCAGUCUCUGACACUGCCCUAAGGCGAUUUAUGCGGCCGCCUAAAUCUUCUAAUUAGAGAGCCGCCUCUGGAUUGGAGUAUCGUGGCAGUGAAAAAUCUGAGGAUUUACAAGGGGCUGUGAAAGUAGCUUCUCUGGGCAGAAUAUAACACGUGUGCAAUGCGAAUUUCAUUAGAUUGCAUACACAGGGAUUUUAGGAGAUCUGCUUUUAUUCAUCAAACUAGAGAUUAUAAGGCAUAACUAAACAAAAAUUUAAAUACACAACUUUACUUAAGUAGAAGAGUAAUAACAAUGUGAUUUCAUCUAUAGUAAUGGUAACAAGGUAUUUACACUUCAUUGUAAGAUGGUGGAAUGCUGGCUGAUGCCUUGCUGCAGGUAAUGAGAGACUCGGCAGAAGGUCUUUGUGGUGGGUCGCCUUCAACUAGUGCAGGUCUUUUAUAACCUUAAAUCGGCACUCUCAACAUCUGCAAAGACCCCUGACUGACACAGUGACAUCGCCUCUUGGGGGGGAACAGCUGAAAAAGUCUAAAUGUUGGCAAUAACCCUGAUUUUCAUUGGGGAUUGAAUACUUUUUAUUCUAACUGUAUAUUUAAGGUAGGUAUUUUUCCUAUAUUACGGUCUGAUAAUAUAGCUGCAAAUGUCAGGCUAAUAUUUUUCAAUCAAAAAGUUCUCGGUUGUGAUGGGGUUAACCAUUGUAUGUAGAUACAGACCAACUGAAAAACCAAAUUCCUUCUUUUCGAAGGGCUUGUAACAAAAAGUAAAGUGGAAAGUACUAUACAAAAUAUUUCUCCAUUAUAUUCUUUUACUCUGUGUGUCAUGUGUGCAUUUGGCAUUAUCGUCUUUUACUGUUGUUCCAUUGUUUUAUUAUUUUCGUAUAUAAUAUAACCUAACAAAUGGUGGCGGGAAUCCUAUUUACUUCCCCAAUAUAAUUAACCCUGGUAUCUUUUUUUUUUUUGUAAUAGGUGAACAGGAUUAUUAGUAAGCAUAUUAAAGAAAAACUACAUUCGGCAAAAGUUGUUCUCAGACUUGAAAACACGUAUUGGCUCGAUCCCAUGGUAAGACUUAUUAAAAUAGAACUUACAUUUUUAAGGGGUUUAUUUGCUAAAUAGCGUCAACAGAAAUCCAAAAUUCUGCUGCACUCUUUAGUAAACAAACUCAUUAUACUGAAAAUCUCUUGUUUGCAGAUAGAUUAAAGAAUAGGAUUUUAAUUCAACUUGAUUGGAUUGUUUUUAAAUCCUGUAAUUAAUUAACCUGUUGGUUGCUUGUGACCAAACACUGUGAAGGAAGCAUUUUAAGCAUAAAAAUAUACAUUAUAUCACACAUUGCAAGCUCUCAGCCAGUUGGAUUCUAAUUAAGGUAAAGUAGUAUUGGUGCUUAGUGUCUCUGUAGCUGUAAGCAACAUAAUUAUUACAGCUCAUAGUAGUAGUAGCUAAGCAGUUUUGAGUGCCACUCUAAUCUGACAGAAAACAUGGUGGUAGCAUUUAAAGACCAAUAUUUCCUAGCCCGUACAAUGAACUAUAGUGGUUACAGUGCUUAGUAACUCUUUAACGUGUCUGGCACGCAGAGAGGUCAUUUGCUCUUCUAUCUCGAGUACUGCUGUCUCCUUGACAAUAACAAAUACUAAUUGAUGCACAAACACAUGUCGAUCAACGAUUCACUCAUAAGGAAGGAUAGACAGAUGUUCUGUUCCAGAACGUAGACUGACUUUGCCAUUGUUGGAGAACCAGCAAUGCUUCCAUCUUAGUCUGACAUAUGCCUGGACCAAUAAUUAACAAGAGACUGCCAAUAUGCAAGUUGGAGAAGGGGAGGCAGAGGGAUCUGUUGUUUGGUUCCCUAUCAAAGGGAUCUUUUGAUGUCUUAAAACAAUUACCAGAUUUCAUAAACGACAGACACCUCUCUUUUGUAGGUCCAAGUGAGCAGACUACCAGGUUUAUCAACCUAUAUCAACGAGCUCAAUGUACGCCAUGAGAUCUUGUUUACUGGAUUGGGAACUGAUAAUCCCAAGCACAUAGAGCAGCUGAAAUCGCUAGUGGAAAAUGCAAUAAAACCAGCCGAGUCAGACACCAGGUGGGUAUCUAAUCAACUCUUAAUUCCUGGAAAUGUUACCUUUUAAUGAGGCAGCAAGAAAUAUCGUUGAGAUGCUUACAUUCAAGGUAAAUAUUGUCAUCUAUUUUUACUUUUCAACUGUGAAACUUUCAGGGUUCCUAAUGAACAGGAACAGGUUGCUGAAAAAAACAAUAGCGGCUGCCCUUCCAAUCCAGAAACCAGUAACGGCCGCCCAUCCAAUCUAGAAACCAGUAACAGCUGCCUACCUAAUCCAGAAACCAAUAACUGCCGCCCGUCCAAUCCAGAAACCAAUAACUGCCGCCCGUCCAGUCCUGAAACCAGUAACUGCCACCUAUCCAAUCCAGAAACCAGUAACGGCUGCCUAUCCAAUCCAGAAACCAAUAACGGCCGCUCUUCCAAUCCAGAAACCAAUAACGGCUGCCCUUCCACUUGGCCUGUGUCAGAGACCGUGAUUUGUGAUCUGGACAAUGACCGGUGUGCACCAGAGAGCCAGCAUUAUGGUGAGUUUAAACGUUUUCAUUUCCUGUGUGAUGGUCUUUGUAGAACUAAAUGGAUGUCUUUUUUUCCCACCAUUAGAUCUUUUAUUAUUUAUAUCAUUAUUUUAAAAGUGAUGCUUCAAUGAUGAGUAAAAUGUUUGUAAUGAAUUGUAAAUUAACAUUUUAUACAGAAUGUGCUACCAUUUAUUUGACUGGGGAAUACAGCUGUUUGUGCUGCUCACUUGUUUUUCUGUAUAAAUACCUUUCUCAUCCCUACAAGGUGCACUGCGUUUGUGUUAUAAAAUUGUCCCCUACAAGUUUGAAAACCUCCUGAUUGCUGAUAACUGGUACCGAUAUUCUGUACAUUUUAAAUUUUUAAUCAAGUAACAGAAUUUCUACACUAAUCUGGCAUUAACGGAAUAUGCUGUCAGAAGUCACACUCAAAUCACUCACAGCCAGUACAGGCUGGGAUCACUGUUACUAAUAGGAGUGUGAUUGAUGACAUCCAGACCAGUACAUUACAGGAGAUUAUUCACUGUCUCAACUCGCUGACUUCAGCUGAGCUCCGUGUGCGGGGGCUCACAGAAAGAGGUGAUGUGAGGUCACAACGUGCUGCUUCAUUGGCUGGCAAGUUAUUAAUAAUAUCAAUAAAUUACAAGGCUGAUACAGAUUAUCGGUAAAAUGCUGGAUAGCGGCUCUAAUAAUCAUAUAAUUGGUCUAUCCAUUGACCAGAGUAUAAUAAUCUUCCAGGAAUGUCCCACUGUAUAGCUGUUGGAAAGUGGCUUGACUCUUAACAUUUACCUGGAUCCCCAGGUCACCCACAGUCUGGCUCCUCUUAAUAGAUAUUGAGAAAGUUUUACUUUGACAUUAGUAAUAACAAUGAGUUCCUCUUUGGCAGCUGACACUCCUCAGCCAAUGAAUUCCAUCCACAGCGAGACAUAAUGGACACAACUGGGAUAAGCUGCUCAACCAAUUUGGAUUCAGCACUAAGUCACUGCCCACAGCCUAGUUAAGCUGUUCUUAUAGAAAUUCUAUAUUUAUUUUGAAAACAUAUGAAAAAACGCUGUAUACAGAACUAACUACAAUAGAACGUGUAGAAGAACGUGUGAAUACUAAAAGCAGCAUGUUCUUGCAGUGACGUCUGUCUGAUAGUCUGCCAGUUAGUCAUCCCUGCUCUGUGUAACAUAGUGGAAAUCCAUGUCCAUGCUGCAUGAAUAGACACUGUUACUAUAAAUGGUCCAGAUUGUUAAUAUUAUCUUUAAUUCAAACAUAUCUUAUUUUUUUAUAUCAGACAGUGGGGGUGAUGUAUGUGCACUCCAUCGAGAUCCACAGACUACAUCUAUAGUUGAAGGGUGAGUAGACCAUGAAACUCAUAUAAUGUUUAUAGCACCAUACAAGUCUUCACCUCGGGGUUCCGAUAUCUUUUGUAUUAGCGCGCCAGCAUGGGGGAGGCACUCACAUGUCUAAUGCAGACUUGUCCUUUGCUUUUAUUCUGAAGCUUGCAUCCAGAAGUGAAAUGGUUUGAGAAAGGAGAAUCUGUUGUCCUGACUGUGAAACUGCGAGAUAUAACGAAUCAUAACUGUGUAUUUUAUGAUGACAGAGUUUUAUUUAGGUAAGUAGAGCAGCUAUUACCAAACAAACAACAUCAAUGUCCCAAUGGUAGUGUACCAAAACUGUAUAUCAACAUGGACGUAAGACAUACAUGCAAAACUGUCAGUUCCCUUUUAUGAAAUUAGCCACACUUACUUACAUUCAUACAAAACACACAAAUGCACAAUUAACCUGCAUCCAUAGGUACAUACUAAACUAACACAUCCACACACUGACAUACAUUCAGUUUUCAUAUCCGUCAUGUACUGCUGGUCCCUGAGGAAAGAGUGGAGAGGUUCUGGGUAACUGUCCCGGGAUUCCAGUGUUUGGUGAGCAGGAUAACUCCCCAGCAGAGCAGGACAAUCUGAGAGGCUGUGGGUGCGAGAAUGACGUCGUCACAUGCUACCACCUGCUUCCGCGGACAUAUGCACUAGUGUGGGAUAUGCGAUAAAAUUACUGUCACAGAGACAUCCUGAGUGCACUGCUUGGCUCCCAUGCAUGCAUGUGGUCAUUGAGGGUCAUCUACUAAACAGUGAUUCUUAUUUAAUUUUGACCGUGGAGUGUCCCUAAUAAUACUGACUAUAUCUGCAUCUUAGAUGAUUCAGACAGAUUUGGGUGUGUUUUGAUUAAAAUUGUUAGUGAUAGAUCAGUUAGUAGGUACCCGGUAGAUUCCUGGCCAUUGGUACCAGCAAUGACUGUAAUAUAACCUCCACUCACACCCUGUCACAGGUUCCCUAAUAAGCCGCUUGUUUAUUAAUGUCCAAAUUCAUGAAUAUUUGGGGACAAUGGGAUGAUGGUUUUCUUGCUGAAGGAUAUCCCAGGUCAGGUACAGUUCAAGUUGUGUGUGCACAAUGUAUUUACAAUUGCUACCCUUAAGCUUCCCAUUGGAUUAAAACUGACAGUUUUCCGAUUGACACUAAUGCGAUCUGCUUACACCACUUGGAGAGUACAAUCCUCAUAACACUAAUUAUCUGAUUUCCCUGUGCCAGACUCUUGUUUUUAUGUUGCCUAUUUGAGCUAGGUAUUUUGUGCAGUUGAACAUGUUGUUUUAUGUAUAUUUCAUUGUCUUUAUUGUAUUUGCCAUGCAAAAUUUAAUUAAAAUUAUAAAUGGAGAAAACAACAAAUAAACUGCUUGCUAUGUGGCCAAGACCGCUUUCUGGGUGUUUCAUGUGGUGUAACGUUCACUUUAUUGCAGUUGCCAUGCCGGAGGGAAGUACUAUUCAGCACAUUUGGAGCUCAGCCAUGAGAUCCUAAAAGAGAAAUCAGCUUGCCAGAUUAAAAAUGGAGAACCUGUGAUUUCUUUAUGGAAAACCCAGCCGGGAAAGUGGACCAACCUGCUUAAACAUAAGGUAGGUCGUUAAAUGUGCUAUUUUACUCUGCUUGUCUGGUUUAACGUCACAAUCAUUGAUGUAUCUUUCACGUCUGUCUUUUAAGUGUCCAAACGUCAGCUUUGACUUUGACCACUGGGAGGAUACGGAGGAGAACAGCUGGCUGCCUCAGUGUAAGUAUUUCCACUCUCUGGCAUUUUACGGAGGUUAACCCAUUGUGUGCCACGCAGGUUGACGUCAUCUUUGAAUUGGAAAAGGAAACAGUAAUUGUUCACACGCAAACAGACUAUUGUGGGUUUGGUAUAAAAAGUGUUUCUGUGAGAAAAGUGACGUACAGAAAUACAAAGUUAGAUGCAAAAGUGCCAUUCUUAGAUCACUUUUAUAGCACUCCAGCUCUCUGCAGUCCUGGCUUUAGAUUAUAUGUGUAUAGCCUAAGAAAAGUUGUACAUUUCAGCAUAAAAGGCCACAACUGUGCCCCAUUUAGACCUCUUUAUACACACGAUACAUGUUGGCCAAACAGGUUAAUACUUGUGUUAGAUUUCAACAUUCAUACAUAACCCUCUGUGUGUAAAGAGCAAUGUAACUGUUUUCCUUUUAUUUUCCAGUCUCCAAAAGUCCCCAAAAUAGCUACGCCAUCCUACGAGGAGAAGUAGAAUCCUCUGACUUCAGUGAAUCUGACAGUGAUUAAAUCAGAAGCCUGACUGUCCUGUUGUCUUCCGUCAGCCGGUUGUGAUUGUGCCAAUAUGUAAAUGUGGUUCAACCGGUCGUCGUCCAAGGAAACUUACAUGACCUGUGCUUUUGUGAAAUAAUGUACACCCAGACACCAGGCAGGGUGUACUAAAGAUAAUGCUCAAGUUCUGCUUUGAUGACAUGGUAACGUAAAUAUGGCAUCCGGUGUCACUUUGUAAGUAAAUCUUAUGUUCUAUCUAGAGGAAUUCUAGGGACCUAGAUUGUGGAAAAAUAGCAUAUUAAGAGGUAUUUACUAAAAACCCUAGAAGCAGACACUUUUUUUUUUUUAGUAUUAUUUACCCUGUUAGAAAAAGGGGCUCCAAAUCAGAAUCAAGACGUUUAAACAAAUUAGUGUUAUAUUUGUAUUAUCAAUGUAUUUAAUUGGUAAAUCUCCACUGUUUUGGGAUGUAGACACUUAAGUUUAUUGUCCUAAAUCUCCAUAAACCGAAUCAGAGUUUGACUUUGUGGAUUUCUGAGUGUAAGCUUGUGCAAUAAUAUUGUUUAAGCAGAAUUUCUUAUAAAGAAGGUACUAUGCAAAUGCCAUUUUUUUUUUCCCUGUGAUUCUGUAACCUCUGACGAUACAUUUAAUUUGCAGAGAUUCCAUUUAGUCUAUAAAAUGUUUUUUUGGUUUUUUUUUUAAGUGAAACAUUUUAAGUUAAAGUAGCAUUCUAAGCACUAUACUCAGUACAGCUCAAAGUGGUAUUGUUUAUAGUGCAGAAUGUGGGAAACAGAGCAUACAAUCUAUUUGGGGUUUGUCAGGCACCUUCACAUUAGCUCAUCCAACUAAAGUUGGAUUGAAAAAAUAGGACUUUAACAAAGAUCUGGACUAACUUUUUGUCCUGAGAGAAUUCGACUCGCCAGCCUCCAGCUCCAUUUAAUGCUGGAUGGUUUUGUCAAACAGGUGGAAAUGUUUUGACAUAAAUUGAGGGGACCACAUCCACAUACUCCAUAGAACCAUAACCACUUCAAUUAUCUUUAAUGGUUAUGGUGCUUUGAUUAACGUGAAGACACAAAGCUAAAUAAUCUUGCCUCUGAGUAAAGAUGCACUUUUGUUUUACUCUAAACAAAACAAAAUAGUCCAUUUAUAUUUCCAGAAGCAAAUGUUACAUUAAUCAAAAAGAUAAAAUAUUUUUUUUUUUUUUCGAUUAAUGGAACGUUUGCUUCUGGAAAAGUGGCAAAGAUUAAGAAAUUGUUUCUUCUUCGGGCUAUUUGGUAGAGACAAAUUCUACCCCUGGAGCAGCUAUUAUUACAGUCAGCUUAUUUUAAUGUGAAGAGGUUCAUUCAGUAAACAGUGAAUUGAAAAUGUAGGUUAAAACUGCCAAACUGUGAUUAUAAGCAUAGGUUAAACAUAUGUCUGAUCCCUGCAUAAUAGACUAGAGAUCAGCGCUCUGAUUGGUAUUUUCAAUAUCAAGUCCAUUCAACCUGGACAGUAAUGACAAAGUGUAAUUUUGGAUCAAAAGGGGACAUUUUCUGAGUGCUGGGGAGAGCCUUGAUUUUUGUCAGACUGCUCCCAAACAUUUUAUCAACCCCAAAAAAGGGGGGGAGCGGGGGUUAGAGUUGUGCCCGUAAAGUCUUGGCAUCAUAAACGUUAAUCUGUUGUGAAUGGAAGAUGCGGCCUACCAGACUAUAUAGUGUUCAUUAAACAUGUUUUAUUUUUCUAUCUACAAAACCAGGCUCCUUACUACAGUAAAAUGCAGAAUAUUCAAAUCUUAAAACAUGUCAUGGUUUGCCUUUUCAAAAAAGUUAACUCCGCUAUGCCUUAUCUAUGAUGGGGAACUUUCCUGAAAAAAAAACAAACAUUUUAUUUUGUAGUAGCAUGUAUGAAUAUAUAUUACUUGGCAGAGUUUUAGUGGCCACAGUCACUGAUGUUUUGAUAACUGAUUAAAGGAACACUAUAGUGUCAGGAAUUAAAUAAUGUAUUCCUGACACUAUAGACCUAAAUGCACUAUUGAGCUUUCCACCUCCCCCCUCUUUACCUCUGUUAAAAAGUUAAUUUAGUCACCUUUUUCCAGCACCACACAAGUCUCAUGACUUCCCCCGCCCUCGCGUUUCUCUGAAAAGGCAGUGUUUACAUUAAAAGGCCUGCAGGGACAGGCAAUAGCUACCAGAACUACUACAUUAAGCUGUGGUUGUUUUGGUGACUAUAGUGUCCGUCUAAUUGACUGUAUCUAGAGUAUUCUAUAGCCAGCUGUUUGUAUCUGUGGCAGCACCUGAUACACAGUGUUGUGGAGUCUGAAGCCUCAAUCAAUGUGCAGUAUAUGCCGGUUUAUAAAUCAGUUCCCUAACAAUAAAGGUGUAAUGGGUUUAGGCCUAUACUCUGCAGGUAAGUUGACAUCAAAAAGAAUUUGACUCUGACAUAUACACUAAAUUGUAAUAUGGUAAUCGUAACAUUAUUAUUCAGUAGUUACUAAAAUUGUGGAAACCUUUUUGGAAAAUUUGUAUUUGACGGAUCAUACGUUUUUUGGGGCUUUUGGGGGGGGGGGGUAGAAUACCAUAAAAUUCGAUAUCAUUAGAAAUAAGAUUUAAUGCAGAAUAUAAUGCAACACGGUUUGUUCUAAACACAGAAACCCCUGAUAAAGGAUAUUUCAGAACUUCUCUCUAUUUCGGUUAGUGAUUUGGGAAAUAUUUAGCCAUUUCAGCCUUGCAGCUGGGUCCCAUGGAGUGAAGCAAGUGUUUUGGUUUAUCUCGUGUUAUAUUGUAUGAUUGCUUCUAUCAGCUGUCUUUUAUUCCUCGGGUUCUUCUAACAAGUUUCUUUAAUUGGCAUCACAGAUUUUCUUUUGGAUUCAGGCCAGGGCUGUGACCUGGAUAUUCUAGCAGUGUAAUAGGAUUUUCCUAAAAUCAGCAAUAUUACAAGGAGCUAAACCCUGGUUAAAUGGAUACUAUAGUCACCCAGAUCCUUUCUUAUUGAAGUGGUCUACGUGCAAGGCCUUUGUUCCCUUAACCCCUUAAGGACACAUGACAUGUGUGACAUGUCAUGAUUCCCUUUUAUUCCAGAAGCUUGGUCCUUAAGGGGUUAAAGGGACAUUCCAGGCACCCAGACCACUUCUGCCCAUUGGAGUGGUCUGGGUGCCAACUCCCACUACCUUUAACCAUGCAACUGUAAUUAUUGCAGUUUUUUAUAAACUGCAAUAAUUACCUUGCAGGGUUAACUCUACCUCUAGUGGCUGUCUACUAGACAGCCACUAGAGGGCACUUGCUGCUUCACAGGACAGGUCUGUGCUAGAGCGUCGCUGGACGUCCUCACACUGUGUGAGGACCUCCAGCGUCUCUCAAUUCCCCAUAGGAAAGCAUUGAAAAGCAUUUUCAAUGCUUUCCUAUGGGGAGCUCUAAUGCGCAUGCGCAUUAGGUCUCCCCGGCCGGCCGGAUCAGUCUCGCCCACCGGCCGACGUAAUGCAGAGGAGGAGGAGGAGGCGCGGCGGCGGAGGAAUAAGCAGCGACGUGGACAUGUCCCUGCCUCUGGUAAGUGACUGAAGGGGUUUUCACCCCUUAAGCAACUGGGGAUUGGGAGGUGCAAGGUAGAGGGGACCUGCAGUGCCAGGAAAAUGGAUUGUUUUCCUGGCACUGGAGUUUCCCUUUAACCUUGCAAUGUUAAUUAUUGCCAUUUCUGAGAAACUCCAAUAAUUACCUUUCUGGGCUAAGACUGCCACUAGAGGCGCGUCCUGCCUGUUAUGUGACUGUCGCCUGACUGAAACUGGAUGUUCUUACGCUCUGCAUGAGGACAUCCAACAACAGUAAAAUCUCAUUGUUGCAGGACUUUCCUAUGCGGAGGGCGUAAUGCACUCGCCGCAUCCAUUGGGUGACGGGGGGGGGGAUCGAGUAAGUACAGUAAGUGUUUAUUAACCAUUACAGUGGCGGGGGGAGGCUAUAGUGCUAGGAAUACAGAUUUGGAUUUGUGGGUUGAGUGAGUUUGCAGGAAAAGUUAUUUUACAUUACUUUCUAGGUGACCGGUUACUUCUUUUUACUCUGUCAUAUUAGUAAGGUCUCAAUUUGAUAGUUCUUGGAUAAGCUUUUAAAAGGAUGUUUCUUAAAAUAUCAAUUUUUAUUUUUUUUACAAUAAAUCAUUAGAAAAGUGUAUCCCAAAAAUAAAUCUAAGCCUUAUUUAUGAAGUAAUUGAAAAAUCAGUGGUCAACUUGAUGACAUUCACAUUUGAACAGUAUCUCUAAUACUAACACCUUAAUACCGCGUCAUGAAACAUGUCCGGCUCCCAAUAAUUGGUCACUUUUAGUUAAAGCAGCACUGUCCCCCUCCUCCUCCUUUCCCCGUAAAAUGAUAAUUUCCUAAAGACAGAACUUUUAUGAAAUACUCAUUUUGACUGUGUUGGAAUUUCACUGAGGUGCCAUGAAAAGGAUUGGACAAACGAAGAUAGGUUUAGUAAAUAAAUCUCACCUUUACCAGACCGGCCACCAGACCCCCAUUGGCAGUGUCACCAUCAGGGGUCUUUGCAAAUUCGGCCAAGUCCCCAGAUGGUGAUAGUACCACUUUAAGGAAAUCCACUUCAUGUUACAAAAUGCAGCUGUUUUUUCCUGGUUCUUUGGUUAUAUAACAUUGGAUAGAAUCAAGAUUGUUGCAUUACGUUCGGCAUGAAAUUAUCAAAUAGAUUUCUGAUAUGUCAUUUUAUGGCAUUAUUCUAAAAAAGACUGAUGUUAUAAGCCAGCAAACCUUACAAAUCCUAAUUUUCCAAAAGGUUUCCACAACUUUGGCCACUUGUGUAUAAUAAUAGAAGAGUUUAAGGUUUUGUGUACCCACUUCACAUCUUAGAGACACAGACCCUCAUUUACUCACAGUAGAGAAGCUGGAGGGUUGAAUAAAACCCGAAUAUGUUAUAAAAUAAAGAGCUAUGUUUAACUUGCCAAGUAACAUAUUCAUGCAUGGUCUAACCUAUAAGGCUCCUGGAGAAGUGGGCACAAAUCAGAGGUAAAGAGACACCAUAGGCACCCAGACCACUUCUUCUCAUUGACAUGGUCUGUGUGCAGUGUCCCAGGUCCCUUAAUCCUACAAUGGUAAUUAUUGCAGGUUUUGAUAAACUGCAAUAAUUGCCUUGGAGGGUUAACUCCACCUCUCGUGGUUGCCGCAAGGGAGGGGGGCACUUUGUUUUACUGGCACAAUAGUUUCCCUUUAACAUAAUAGAACAGGGAUAGGCAACCUUUGGCAGUCCAGAUGUUGCGAACUACAUCUCCCUUGAUGCUUUGCCAGCAUUACGGCUGUAGGAGUGCUGAAGGUUGCCUAUUCCUGAAAUAGAAAAUAAUUGACUGGUUUAUUGAAGGCAUUUUUCUUAUAUAGAAAAGGAAAUAAUAAAUGUGGUACAUUUCAGUUAGCUCCACCCCUGGGUUCUGUCUGUGUUUAGUGAUUAUACCAUCUAAUCCAGCCCUCCAGAUGUUGCUGAACUACAACUCCCAUGAUUCUCAGCCUAUCUAUUUCUUUCGUAGAAUCAUGGGAGUUGUAGUUCAGCAACAUCUGGAGGGCCGGAAUUUGGGAAGCCUACUCUAAUCAGUCUGAUAUACAGCGCUCAGCAGGGGAAUCUCCUUUUACUGAGAAAUUACUAAACCAGUGAAUAUAAUAAGUGUAUACUGCAUGUUUGGCAAAAAGGAAGAACACCAGUGAUGGGUGUAAUUAAAAGUGAGUGAGUGUCCUAUUCCGUUUCCAACAAAACAAGUGAUCAGAGUUUAGAAACGUGUUAACUGCUCAAUAGAAAAUAUGACUGAGAAGAAAAGCCUGGAUUUUUUUUCCCCUUAGAAGCCAGUGUAGCUUUUUGUAUCUCUGUAUGUUUUAUUUUGUAACAUUUAUCACUCCGCAGUAAUGUUUUGGGAGGGGUAAAUGAGACGUGUUCACAUAAAUUCCUAUGUUUUGGCGUUUGUUUGUUUGUAGUUUAUAUGUGUUUUCUGUUAGCAACUGUUCUGCAUUUAUUUAUGUUCUUGAAAUGUAUUAGGAAAUAAAAAUGUUUGUUAAAUGCUGAA